AUGACGAGGCACAUGUGGUUCUCCUUACCUUAUGCUUCCAAGAAGACCUUCAGGGGGACUAGCGUGGCUAACUCAAGUGGCAUCUUCUCUGGCUUAUAUGGCUUCUCCAACAUCUCAUCUCUUUUCAAUGGGGACUUGAACAUUGACGACAUUGGGGAUUUUGAGAACACAAAAUAUGAAGCAGAGUCACAGAGCUCCACUGUGAAAGCUCUGCUGAUUGUCGCCUACUCGGUCAUAAUUGUGAUCUCUCUGUUUGGGAAUAUUCUGGUCUGUCACGUUGUUAUCAAGAACAAGAGAAUACAGUCAGCUACCAACUUUUUUAUUGUCAACCUUGCUGUGGCAGAUAUCAUGAUCACCCUUCUCAACACCCCCUUCACAUUGGUGAGAGAAAUAAGGGAGUGGGGGGGCUGACCUAAACCAAUUAUUUUACCAUGUUUCCUAACAGGCAUUUUUUUGUUGUUUUAGAAGAUAUCACUAUGGUGGUUUGAUGUGUAAUGGUCAUUUUUUAUUUACUGAACUAUUCCUGCAUUAUGUUGUAUUGUGUAGGGAGUGAAGAAGACUGCAAUAAGCAUGUUGAAAUAGAUAUUGAUAUACAUUAUGUUUUCUUUGUGCUUUGCUAACUAGGAGUCUCAAAUAUACAUUUAAGAAAAAUAGUUUUUCCAUUAGUAUUUCAUUUUUCUUUUAUCAAAAAUAGUAUGUUGCAGAACCAAGGUUAUUGUUUAAGCUUGGUGGGUGAGCCAGCGUGGGACACAGCAUGAAACAAUUACAGAGAUGGAUGUAUGUGGAAAAAAACAGAGAGAUGUGUGUAUGUAGGAGUGCAUGUGCCUAAAAGGGUCUUGCAGAGCAAAUACUUCUGCAUUUGGUUUUUAUAAUUGGAAUUUUCACCUGUUUAUUCUUUUACAUGAUUUGGCUUUGUUUUUUUUCUUUGAACAAAUCGUGUACAGUUCGUAUUGAUACUUCAAAUAUUUUACAGAAGCUUUUUAUUUUUAUAAAUGUACAGAUGUAGCAUGACACAUUUGAUAUUAUAAAGACAUAUUUAAGUGAAUAUGAAUACACCUUUAUUAGUACAUUGAUAUUUACACUCAUAUUAUGAUUAAUUUAAGAAAAAAUCCAGUAAACUAAACAAACUUGUGCAGUUCAUAAACCAGAAUAAAGCAGAUGCCACUCUAAGUAGAAGUGAAGAUAUAUGGGCAUAAAAUAUAUAUAUUUCAAUGUUGCUCUUUUAUGGUGAGUUUUAGAAGUAUUUGUUAACUAUAACCGUAUUGUAAAUGUAUUAACAAGCCUGUGUAUGUUUUCAAAUGUUUAUUUUUUAUUGUAUAUUCUCAUAUGUGUGCUGACAUUGAUGGCAAAAUAGAAUCAGGGUUAUUCACCAACAGGAUUAUUUAUCAAAGUGUGAACCCAUUUUACAGCGCUACGGAAUCUGAUGGCGCUAUAUAAAUAAUACAAAAUAAUAAUAAUUCUAAGUGAAUUUAAAAUUUAAGGACAGAUUAGCUGAAUAGAGAGCAUAGCUGACUUACAGAAUAAUUAAUGUUAAGCUAUUUUGACUUUAAAUUUGAAAUUCACUUUGAAAUCAUCUUGAAUUCUUACCUUAGUGAAUAACCCUGUAAAUGAUAUAUUGAUAUCGAAUUCACCAGGAAAUUGUAAAUUUUAUACCAAAAUAGUUUACUGAGAUUUUUUUUUAAAUUUACUAAUUUGGUCUAAAAUGCUCAACUGUCCAGUAAGCAUUGGAAAAAUGACUCGGUGAAUAGUCGUGUGUGCUAUUCAAUAUAUUAUAUUUGACAUUGGUUGAUCAGGGAAUUGAAAAUGAUUGGCAAAAAUAACCAAACUAAAAUAAAUUUCCAACUCUGUUGCUCUUCAACACUAAUGAAUAGUAGCUAAGCUGUGUAUUGCUGAUAGUUGACUAUAGCAUUGUAAACCUGAAACCACAUGAGCUACAGCUAACAUACAUAAUUUUCCAGUCAAUAUGUUUGCCUGAAAUGUUCAGUUCCAUUGUAAAUCAUGGUUUAGGGAUAUGAAAUAACACUGAUUGUGUAGUAUGAGUUCUAUUUUAGUCUCUAUCUUUAUUAUUUUGUUUUAUUUAUUUUCAAGUUUGUUUGCCCCAUUCUAUUCUAUAUAUUUAACGGAACAUAGAGUCCUGAAAAUAAUAUUUUUCACAGACUAUAGGUUUCCAUUUGUCCAUUUCCCUUUGCUACUAAAAAAAUUAAGCUUGAUAAAUAUUAUUUACCUUGUUUCCAGUGACCAGGACUCCUCCAGUGCAGCCGCCUGCUCUGCCUUUGAAGAUGUCAGCAUCCCUCUUGACGUCUUCAACAAUGUCCUGAAAUCCAAUGUAUCUGAAAGAAUAGCAUUUCAUUACAAUACAGAGUUUCACUCAGAUCUGGAGGAGGAAGUAACUCUAGUAACUGUCAGGAAGCCUGCGAGUAGAGUUGUAUUUGAAGGAAGACUAUAGUCACCCAGACCACUUCAUCUCGAUGAAGUGGUCUAGAUGCAGUGGCCCUGUGCUUUUAACCGUGCUAUGUAAAAUACUGCAGUUAUUUUAGAAAUGCAAGUUUAAGUCCAUCUCUAGUGGCUGUCAUACUCACUGCUUCUAGAGAAGCUUCCUCUUCUUUUACUGAGAAAAACUCAGUCUUAUGACACAGAAGUCCGUAGGAAAGUAUUUAGUACAAUAUUUCCAAUGAGGAAGCUUAAAUGCAUGCUUGGACUUGCCGUGUAUACACAUUAGGUCCCCAGUACUCCUUUAUGAGGAGCACUGGAUUUGGACAUCACAGAGGCCAUGAUGUCGUCGAAGGUGGAGAAGUGAGUAGCUCUGAGGGAGCUUUGGUGCUGGAAAAAGGUAAGUCAAUAAUUUUUAUUUUUUUAUUUUAAUUGCAAAUGGGGUGGCUUUUUUUAACUAGGGACAUUAGGUUUGUAUUUCUAAUUUUAUAGUGUUCCUUUAACCCUAAAAAAAUUGAAUUGCAAAAAAAUUGACAUUGCAUGGUUAAAAUUACAGUACCACUUAAUUGAGAUGAAAAAGUCUGGGUGACGUUAGUGGUCUCCUAAAAGGUUGUCUAAUGCACCAGCUCAGUGUAGUUGUUUUGGAACAAAAAGUCUGUGUGUGCUGUUCCCUGGUUUUUGCCAAAGAUUUAGAGUAGUUUGACAAAACUAAUUAUCUCAUGCAUAGACAACUCCCUAAUUGAUAAUGUUGAAUUUACACUUGCACAUCAUCAGUAUCAGUUGUAUCUUACACGAAGAGCCAAAACAGCCAGAGAGUUCUAGGCUAGUACACUUUCAUUGCCUUCCAGGUUCGAUGGCACUGACACUGAUAAUGUAUAAAUCUAAACUCAAUGUGGCUAAAGAGACUCUGGGAACCAGUGACAGCCCGUCUGGCAAACAUAUGUGGAUUUGGCACCCAAAAUCUCUUUGCAUCAAAGCUUCUACACUGAGCUGUAUUAGUUAUGGUGUACAGCUUGCCCUUUUAACUCUCAGGGUAUGAUGAGUAGAAAAAAUGCUUCUUAUAGGAUGUAGCUCAAUUAUCUGUAAAACUAUAAGCAUUGAAAAUUAUAGGUUAUUGUGGCAGAAACCUUAUUGUGCCUUUUGUAUAGCAGAGGUUCUCAACCCAGACUUCACUAUUCAGGCAUUUCUCAAUUAUUGCUCAAUAGGGAUACUGACAAGACUAUAGGGAUACUGACAAGACAGGGCCAUUUGGUGUCCCUUGAGGAUUUGGUUGGGAGUAAUAGCUCUACUUGCAUCUUUUUUAUUUUUUUCCUUGCUUUUCACAAUAAACUUUUUAAUAAUUUAACUGACCAGUGAGAUAUUUUAGUUGCUUAAUGUGUCAAUAGUAUGGCCUAUUCAAAUGGCUGUUCACGUUUCAGGUUUGCGGGCAGAAUUCGUACAAGGGAUGACUCAACCUUUCAAUCUUUUGAGAAUAAUAAAAUUAGGGUCAUUAUUUUUUCUGCAAACAAAUACUUCAAGAAACACUUGAACAAUCUUUAUGCAUCUUCUCUAGCAAAAUGCUUUGAUUUAUGUAAUUAUAAUUAAAACAAUCUGAGCAUGAAACAUCUGUUAAACAGAUCAGAUAAAUACUAUUUACAUGACAUGUUGCAGUCUGAAGUACAAACUUUAAUUUUAAUAUUAUGUAAUCCUCCUUAAGCUAUACAAAUCUACAAAUUAAUUAAUAAUGUUUUUCUUUUUCCAUAUAUAUAUAUAGGAGACAAUAUCAUCAAGACACUUCAUCUCAAUGAAGUGGCCUGGAUGAAGUGGUCCCAUCAAUUUAGUACUUCAAGGUAAAACAUUUCUGUUUUGUAGAAAGGGCAGUGUUUACCUUGUAAGGAUUAAACCCACCUCCAGUGGCUUCUACCAUACUCAUGGCCACUGGAGGUGCUUUUGCAGUGCUGACCGAGUAAAACUUGGUCACCUUCAUGGAACCCCCAUAGGAAAUCAUUGACUCAAUGCCAGGGCUGCCAUCAGACAUUUUGGGGUCCCUGACACAGCUCAAGGUCUGGGCCACUGGAGUCUGCCCCCGAUUCUGCCCACAGGAAUGCAGUGUGUGUACUGAUUAUAGUGUGUGUAGAAUGUGUGGAGUAAAUGCAGAGUGUGCAUUUGUGUAGUGGAUGUAGUGCGUGUAUAGUGAAUGCAGAGUGUGUAUUUAUGUAAUGGAUGUUGUUUGUGUGUAUUACAUGCAGUCUGUAUAGUGGAUGCGGUGUGUAUAGUGAAUGCAUGGUGUGUACAGUGAAUACAGAGAGUGUAUUGGUGUAGGGGAUAUAAUGUGUGAAUAGUGAAUGCAGUGGGUGUGUGUGUAGUGGAUGCAGUGUUUGUGUGUAUUAGAUGCGUGUGUUUGUGUAGCGGAUGAAGUGUCUGCAUAGUGAAGAUAGAGUGUGUGUCUGUGUAGUAGAUGUGUGUAUUAGAUGCAGUGUGUAAAGUGAAUGCAGAGAGUGUGUACAUAGUGGAUGUAGUGUUAGUGUGUUUUAGAUGCAGUAUGCAUGGUGAAUGCAGAGUGUGUGUGUGUGUGUAUAGUGGAUGUAGUGUGUGUUUAGUGAAUUCAGAGUGUGUGUUUGUGUGUACAAAAUUGCUAUAUAUCUGUGUACACAGGGGAUGUGGGGCCGGGGACUAUAAGAGCAGUCUGGGCCCCAAAGGACUGUCAGGCCCAUGUCAGCCGUCAUGGUUGUCAUGCCCUGGUGGGGGCCCUGCUCAAUACUUCUCUAUAGGAAAGCUUGAAUGUGCUCACAGCUCCAGUCAUGCAUGCAUGUUAGGUCUCAAUGCUUGAGGAGCAUUGCAUUGGAGACAUCACUGGAGGAAACGAGGUAAGCAGCACAGAGUUAGCCACAACACUGUAGAAAGGUAAGUAUAAAACCUAAUUUUAGUAUUUUUAUGUGACACACGGUGGGAUCUAUCUAACAAGGGACACUAAAAAGUUAGGAGUACAGGUUUGUAUUCCUAAUGCUCUAGUAUUCCUUUUAAAACCUGUUUUAACCCUUUAAGGUCAAAAGUUAAGCAAAUUCUUUCAUAUCUUGGCAUACACAGCAAGUCAUUGCUUCUUGGGUAGUUACUUUAAAUUGAUGUUUAUCAGAUAUUACAGGACGCCUGCAUUAUGAUUUAUAUGGCUUUAAAUAUUUCUUAUGUGGUGGUUUGCUGUUUCAAAGUUUUUCCCCUAAUCACUGAAGUAAUAGAAACUCUUCUUGGGUUUGCAUACGUUCUCCACAAGACGUGAUAUUAUGUUACAAUGUAAAAGUCAUAUGAGAAAAUCAGGGAACAAAGUUUGCAAACACAAAAAAAAAAACCCGAUUUCAAAAUACCUACACAUAAUUAUUAUUUUUUUUUCAAAUGGCAAAUGAAAUUUAAAGUAGAAAAAUGCAAAGUUAUACACUUCAGUGUAAAGAAUGCACAAUCAACUUAUACCCUAAAUGGUAGCAAAUUAGGGAUAACAAAACACGAGAAGGAUUUGGGAAUUGUUAUAGACAACAAACUAUGCAACAAUGUGCAAUGUCAAUCAGCACUAGCUAAAGCCAGCAAUGUAUUGUCAUGCAUAAAAAAAGAGCAUUAAUUCUCGGGAUGAGAAUAUAAUUUUGCCUCUUUAUAAAUCAUUGGUAAGAUCACAUCUUGAAGUUUGGGCACCUGUUCUAAAGCAGGAGAUUAUGGCACUGGAAAGCGUGCAGAGGCGGGCUACAAAAUUAAUAAAAUUAAUGGAAUAUUUUAGCUAUGAAGAAAGGUUAACAAAUUUAAACCUCUUUAGUUUAGAAAAAUGUUGCCUCAGAGGGGAUAUGAUAACAUUAUACAAAUAUAUCCGUGGCCAUUACAAACCAUUGUGUGGAAAUCUAUUCACAAACAGGACUAUACAUAGAACGCAUUUAGACUGGAAGAAAGAAGAUUUAGUCUAAGGCAAAGAAAAGGGUUUGUGUUUUUUUACAGGAAGAACAAUAAGGAUGUGGAAUUCUCUGCCUGAAGAAGUGGUUUUAUCAGAGUCUUUACAGAUGUUUAAACAGCAACUAGAUGCAUACUUGCAAAAACAGAAUAUUUAAUGAUAUAUAAUGAUAUGAUAUAAUGAUGUAAUUUUACAACAGUAGGGUAAUAAAUAAAUAUAUUCUUAAAACAAAGAAUAAAUCUGACCACCAUUCUGAGUUCAAGAAGGAAUUUUUGUAAAAUUGGAAGUGCUUCAAACUGGGUUUUUGUUUGCAUUCUUCUGGAUCAAUAGCAAAAAACAGAUGUGAGGAAGGCUGAACUUGAUGGACACAUAUCUCUUUUCAAGUUAUGUAACUAUGUAAUUUUAAUGGAAAUAAUUCACCAAUUUGAAGUGGUUAUGGUGCUUGGUGUCUGUACAUGCAGCAUCUCACCAAGAAAUGUUACCCAUACAGAGAUACAGACCUUUCCUAACUGAAGUGUAAUUCCACUUACAGCUGCUUCCGUUGUCAUCUAGAUAAGCCAUCCUCCAUGUCUUCCAGGUCCGCUUUUUUUCUUAAAACACUGAUCUGGUUUCAAUAACCCUUUAACCUUUUCACCAGUGAGCUGUUUUCAUUUCUAAACAAAAAUAACAUUUUCAUAUUAAAUAUGACUAGCACAUAAAUAAAGGGCAAAAGAGCAGCUUGUAAUUUGAAUAUGCAUUUAAGGCAUCUAAACAAUUCGAUGAUUUUAAUAAUUUAUGAUGGAAAGUGAUGCAAUUAUUAAAGACAAUGAGGCAAAUAUUAUGCACAACUCUUUCUUUACUCAAGUAUAGCAGCAAAGAACAUUUUAAAUUUAUGUAUUAGACUUGGAGAUUCACUUCAGAUUGGGCAAAUUCAGGCCGAUCAUGUGAUCAACUCAAAUUUGGAUUUCCAAGUUGUCAUGUGCCAGGGAAUGAAUUUACAUGAGCCCAUCAUGUUCAGUUUGGCUCUUAAAUCAGACCGGAUAAAACAUAAAUAGAAUAGAGAAGAGGCUGUUUUUUGUGGGGGUUUUUUUUUGGUGUGGGCAAGUAAGCAGUGUAUUUUCCCCAUGAUGGACAAGAAGUCUGUCCAAUCAUGUGAGCUGGAUCUCCUUUGCUGUCAAGAAGUAGCAAAAAAAAAUCAUGAUUGAUGGUUAGGGGACAGUCACUAAAUGCUGAUUUUAUUUACAAUUCAUGAGACGUGACCAAUAGAUGGAAAGAAAAGGAAUACAAAUAGAUGCCCAGGCAGGAUUCUUCUACAGUCUUUUACAACUGCUAUUAACCCCUUGAGGACUGAGGCAGUUGUACAAGUUGUAGUAAAAAAAAAUCGUAAACAAAACCUGGAAAUUGCACUAAAUGUCUGUUCAACCAUAAUUCUUCUCCUUCAUAUUAAGUGCACCCACACUUAUUAUAUAUAAUUUUGUUCAAGAGAAAAUAAGCUUUCUUGUCACUUCAAAUAUUUGUAUAUUAUAUUUAAUAUGAAUUAUAUAUAAAAAAUAUAAGAAAUUAAUUUUUUUAUUUUUUUGCAUGGCAAUUUAACUGUUAAUGUCAAAAUACUGUUAGCUGUUACUGCAAUAGAUUAUAAUAGGUUACACAUAUUUGUAUUCAGCAAUGUCUCACAAGUAAAAUAAAGUACCCCACAUGUACCAGGUUUUAUGGUGUUUUGGAAAGUUACAAGGCCAAAUAAAACACAUUACAUUCUUCGGUUUAUACACAUUGAAAUUUGCUAGACUGGGUAGGUUGCCUAUGAGUCCGUGUGGUAGCCCAAGAAUGAAAAUUACCCCCAUGAUAGCUUACCAUUUGCAAAAGUAUACAACCCAAGGUAUUACAAAUGGGUUAUGUCCAGUCUUUUUUUAGUAGCCACUUAGUCACAAACACUGGCCAAAGUUAGCGUUCUUAUUUGUUUGUGAAAAAUGCAAAAAAACUUAUUUGAACACUAAUUUUGUCUAGUAUUUGUGACUAAGUGGCUACUAAAAAAGACUGGACAUAACCCAUUUGCAAUACCUUGGGUUGUCUACUUUUGCAAAUGGUAUGUCAUCAUGGGGGUAAUUCUCAUUCCUGGGCUACCAUAUGGUCUCAAAGGCAACAUCUGGAAAAUUUCAAUGUGAAAAAAUGGCAAUGCCAUUAUUUGACUCUGUAACUUUUGAAAACACUAUAAAACCUGUACAUGGGGGUACUGUUAUACUCGGGAGACUUCCCAGAACAGAAAUUGUAGUGUUUUCAAGCGAGAAAAACAUAUCACAACAAUUAUAUGGUCCAAAAAAACUUAAUUUUCCCUGACACUAUGAUCAUUGUUAUAUGUUUUACUGUUUUGAAACAUCAAUAUUUGUGUACAGCGAAGUCUCCCGAAUAAAACAGUACCCACAUGUACAGGUUUUAUAGUGUCUUGGAAAGUUACAGGGUUAAAUAUAGGGCUUGCGAACCAAAUUCUCUGGACUGUCUGCCUGCGUUGUCAGGCAGGUCCUUCAAAUUUUAAUUAAUCAAAUUAUUUAAUUAUGUCAAAAUAUUAUAUAAAUAUAUAUGUAGAAUUUAAAUAUAUAUGCAUAUAUAUAUAUAUAUAUAUAUAUAUGUAUAUAUAUGCAUAUAUAUAUAUAUAUAUAUAUAUAUAUAUAUAUAUAUAUAUAUAUAUAUAUAUAUAUAUAUUUGUGUUAGGUGCUUAAGAUAGUACAGUGUGAAAUACCAUGAAUAAACGUAGGAUAAUAAAAGGAGCAAGUCGGUUGUGGUGUGCCGAAACCGACGAUGAGGUAGGCCUGAGAAAGAAGAGGGCAAAAAUUAAGUAAUCAAAUUUAUUAACAGACAACCAAUACAUAUACAUUUUAUCAACCAGACAUGUUUUUGAAAGCAUCCCUUAAUUCUUGUACUGGGUUCGGUAUGUACCGUGAGUAAGCGGAUGACUUCCAGCGCCCCAGUGUUUUGAUAACAUGAGUUGGGAUGUUCACACUGGAGGCUGUGGACGCGGCUCCUAUACGAAAGGAGUGUCCUGAGUAUUUGUCUGCGUUGAGGCCCAGUUGUGUGAGCAAGGACCUGACGUAGGUCAUGAAGGUUGCAGUGGUGAGUACUGCACGGUUGCGAGGGCAGUAAGUGAUGGUGCUGUAUGUAGGCAUCAAGAACCUUGACGGGACAUCAUCUGUUGUGCGUGGGAUAGUACAGAAUGUUUACGGGUAUGUGCUGACUGGUUUUGGAGUGAGGUAAAGUCAGGAUGUAAUGAUCCAUAUGUUUUGUCAAGUGGGAAUAGAGGAGGAACGGAGUGGUUUAGGUCGUGGAGGUUGUAGUGAAUUCUCUAGGUCGUAGAAAUCCAUAAAAAGCGAUGUAUAUUUUUUUUGAUGAUGGAAUUUGUAUUGGUGUCAAACGGUUUUAAGUCAAGCAGGUUAAUGCUUUGAAGAUAUGGUUAUCUAUGGGUAGCCUCUGGGCUGUAUGUGUGGGUUCUGAUUUCUGAAUACCUCUGAGUAUGGUCUUAAUUUGGUGAGAGGCCAUGAAACUGUUAUGUGGGUGUAAGAUUAGCAUGUGGUGUUGAAUGCCAGUGAGAUAGAGUUUGAUGGUGUUAUAUGACAUUUUGAGUUUAAGGUGGCAAAAGGAAGCAAACCCCAAAAAAGAUGUCAUAACAAACGGUUGUAUGAUGUUAUGUUCCAGAAGGAAUCGUUUGAAUAGUGUAUAUGUUUUGUUUGUGUUGUUUGAAAGUGCCAAUUGGGACAAAGUCCUGCUAUGCUGCAUGAUGAUGUCUAGUCCAGUAUGAGUUGUUGAAAUGUUGGAGUGAUGGUGGCUGUGGGUGCUGCUGACAGGAGUGCUUGAUGAAACUCCUGAAAUUUAAAUCGAGACAAAUUGUCAGCAGCUGUGUUACAUACACCUGGAACAUGGAAACAACAUAGGAAGAAAUGACAAGCUGCCAACCAAGUGAGUUUCCUCAGAAAUCUCAUGAUUGUAAGAGAUUUGGAACGACCUUUGUUGAUGAUGUGACAGGUUGCCUGGUUGUCUGAGUAACAACGCACUGGCAUAUUAGCCCAUAAAUGACCCCAUGCUACGGCAGCCGCCACUAUGGGAUAGAUCUCAAAAAGAGCUGAGGUAGCUGAAGGCCAGCUGCCCCAAAGCCAUUCGUUCCCAAAAAUUGCUGCAAAACCAGUGGUAGAUGCCGCAUCUGACCAAAUGGUAGGAGAUGAUUCAGUCAAUUGAGGGAGGAACAUACUUUUACCAUUCCAAGUGGUUAAAAAUCUCUUCCACAUGUUUAGAUCUGCCGUAGCUUGGUCAUCUAAGGACAACCUGUACGUGUCAUGUAGGAAAAGUGGGAAAAGAUGCAAUAGUCAUGAUAUAAAGGAGCGGCCUUGAGGUAUGAUGCGCAUAGCAAAAUUUAGUGACCCUAGCAGGGACUGUAGCUCUUUGCGGUUGCAAGUGCCGAGCUGUAGGUAGUUGUUUAUGUAAGUGAGAAUAUUCUCUAUCUUAUCGUAUGGUAGGUUUGCUUGCAUUGUGGCAGAGUCUAAUUGGAUACCCAGAAAAGUGCUAACCAUGUCUGGACCCUCUGUUUUCUCUGAGGAGAUGGGUACACCUAGUUGCUCAAAAAGCUUAGUGGUAGCUUUGAGACUAGUGGGAGGCGAAGUAUUCUCCUCGACCAGUAGGAAAUCGUCCAGGUAAUGUAAUACCGUAGGGCAUCUGGCUAUAUUCAAUAGUAACCAGCAUAAUGCUUAAGCAAAUGUGUCGAAAAUAGCUGGGCUACUUUUGGACCCAAAAGUUAACCGGGAGAAAAAAUAGUAGUUCCUGGACCACUUGAUGCCAUGCAGGUGCCACAGUGUGGGGUGGAUUGGGAGUAAUUUAAAGGCGUUAGUAAUGUCGGUCUUACUGAGUCAGGCUCCAACCCCUGCUUGUAUGAUAGCUGUAAUGGCGUGAUCUAUGGUAGUGUAUUGCAGAGAGAAUUCCUCAGAGGGUAUAAGGGAAUUAAGACUGGGGUUGGCCGAUGAGUGGGGUGCCGAUAAGUGAUGAGUCUCUGUUUUUGGGAAGAUUUCCCUGUGACAAUACCAAUGGGUUUGGUGCGCCAUUCUAUGAAUGGAGGAGUUCUAAAAGGCCCCAAUACGAAGCCCUCAUCCACUUCUUGGGCUAUGAGGGUGUCAACCGCUGUGGGGUUGUGUUGGGCGGAUUGUAGAUUAGGGCAUUCCAGAGUUCCGGCUGGUAUGUGUAGGAUACCUGUGUGGAAGCCUUCUGUUAAACCAGAAAUAAGAAAGUCUACCAGGUGUCUAGAUGGGUGCUGAGACAUAAAUGUUGUGAAUACUGGCAUAUUAAUGGACGUUAGGUAAGGCUUGGAAUACAUUUUAUUUGGAAACAUGGUCUUUGCAUGUGCCCUAAAACAUUUUGAACAGACAUGCAAAAGUCUACAUCCACUGUAAUUACAAGACCCAACAUUGAAAUUAUUACAUAUCUGGGACUUGCCCAGAAACUUGAUUGGGCAUCCCAGUUUGUCUAUUGACAAUUUCCCUGGAUCCCCACAGGAACUAGCUCCUUGCGUGGAGGCAUGUCCGUCUGCCGUGUUGGGACAAAAAUUUGUAGUAUGGGCUGUGGAGGAGCAGUAUGCACAAGCUGGUGUUCUUAGACCUGCAAAGUGUCUGCAAAAUAUGACGGUAUCAAUCCUUCCCCGGUUGGAUCGUGUUGCGUACUGGGAGAAGGCUCCAGACACUUUUGCAGAAAAAGACCUAUGGUAGUCAUAGAAGGCUGAACCACCAUAUUUGUUGCCCAGGUCUACCAGCUUGUGCAUAUAGAAAUCAAACUCUUCUAUUCUGUUGGGAAAGACUGCACAGAUGACAUCCCUGUAAAUACCAAACGCUAGUACAAAUUCAGGGAUAGUCAGUUUCCUAUUCAGGCGGGCAUCCCUAGAUCUGACAACAACAGAUACAUCAUCAUAAGCAUACGUAUUAUGUUCCACAAUAUCCUGGGAGGCAAUCAACAGGGAAGCCAGGUUGACAUCUUUACCUUCCAGGAUAUCCCUUUUAAUGUGCUCAGGUAUCAUGUGGGCCGGGCUAACUUCCAGGGUGAUGGCUGGAGUGACUAAUGGCAAGGCUGGUAUUUGUGCCGCAGCAACGUGCGGCCCUGCUAGAGUGAGGGCCGUGGUGACCGACUCAAGUUUCUCCAGCCUGGAGUUGACUUUGCUCAUGGACGCCAUGAGUGAGGAUAGCAUGGCAUGUAUGUCUCCUGGGUUGGACUGGCUAGAUCCUUCCCCGGCAUCCAUGUUAUUUGUCGAUGUGCGUAGCAGUUUGAAAAGUUCUGCUUUCCUUGCUGUAGCGGGGUAGGGGAUUUGUUGUCUCCUUAAUUCCGUGGUUAUACGCGGGAUCGUCCAGGAUCUGAUUGAUGCUGGACUAGCUAGCUCUCCUCCUUGUGUGGGAGUGACAGCUCUAGCCGGGGUGCUAGGCAGGGAGAAAUCCUCUACCCCUUCCUGAGACAUACUAUAAAUAAAACAAUUAAUUAGUAUAUGAAACCACCAAAUUGUACUGGCAGGCUAGCUAGGCCGGAUGGCGAAACAUUAUACCUGUUUGGUGACAGGUGAGGCCCUGCUAAUUGCCAAGCGGCUUGAGAGGCUCUAUCUAUGCGUUGGCGCGAGGGGUUAUUGAGGCCACUCGACGUAGUGGCAGGAGUUUUAGGCCUCUCGGUGACUGUAAGACAGAAAACAGGGGAAGGGAGUGACAGGUGAGGCCCUCUCUAUGCAACAUGCGAGGCGGCUAGCUAACGUGUGGCCCGAUGGGUGUUUGCCUCUGGAAUGUUUGAGGCGGGUUGUUGGCAUCGCGGGACCACUAACUGAUGGCGACUGCCAAGACGGGGUAAAUACCUAUUGGGAAUCCUGUGACCCUAUUACCAGUACUCUAACCUAGGGGGACGAAAUGAAAUGUAUGGUAGAAUACCAUAUGAGCAGGUGUACGUACCUGGUAGUAUGACAAAUUCACAGGAAUAAACCGUGUGGAGCAAAUAUAUAUAAGCUUGACAGCCUAAAAUGGGUAAAAGAGUAGUAUGAUGAGUGUGGAUUGUUGAAAAGAACAGACUUAUAGCCUGUAGCAGCAAGGUUUUGAAAAAAUGUUGAUACCAUGGGAAUAGAUAUGAGUGGCUCAGAAAUGUUUGCAUGCUUAAAUAAGACAUCUGAGAGAGGCCGUGGCCUAUGUACAAACAACAUAUGUGUUAUGUGAUAAUGGUGUGUAAGGGAAACAUGAAAUGUAGGUUAUAUAUAUAUAUGUAUAUUACUGUGCAGGAAACGUAUGAUUGGUUGGAUCAGUACGUGUGAUUCAACCCGAGUAUGCAUGAAAAGGAAUUAAGCCUUAUGUGUCAUAGUCAUGACAGAAAUGAGGCCUGUAACGUAGGCUGAGUUAAUUGAAAUGAAAUGGAUAAUUAUAAAAACUCCAGGCGUGGGAGUUCAAUGAUCCGUACAGAAAUGUAGCUGGUUUGAUAGAAAGGAACAUGGAUGAGGUCAUGGCCUAUUUUACACAGCGUUAUGUAUGAUAUGUAGUAGAAUAACCAAAGGCAGGGAACCCAAAAAUGCUUAAAGUGAUGUAAAGUGAUAUAUGAUAUAUUUGUAUUGUAUGAUUGGUUGGAUCAGUACGUGAUUCAACCCAAGAAUUAUUGCUUGAAAAGAACCUGUAUCCUUUGUAUGUGUCGUAGUAAUAACACAGAAAUGAGGCCUGUAACAUAGGCUGAGUCCAUUUGGAUGGAUGGAUAAGUAAUGCAGACCCCUGAAAGCGUGGGAGUCAAAAAUGGUCUAUACAGAUAAGUGGGCUUUGUUUGUAUGGACAUAAUACAAUACUGAAAACAUUUAAAAAGUAAUAGAAAUAAUCUAUUUAAACAAGCAAUUCUUAACCGAAUGUUAUAUACACACGAAAUGGUGAAUAUAAUUCACGAAAGGAUUAUGCGUAAUACAUAGAAAUAAAGCCAAAAACAAAUGUGAGGGAAACACAGAAGUUAGAACGAAUAGUUUAACCGUAUGAAUUUAUGCGAAACCGAAAGCGUGUUUGAGUGUAUAUGAAAAUUGCCGAACGGUAAAACAACCGAAUGAUAAUCUGUUUCAAUGUAACAUGGAAUAGUUUAUGCGAAAUGACUAUUGUACGAGUAAACUGUUCAGCCGAAUGACUGUAUGAAUGAAAAACCCCGCGAACGGCUUGAAACAUUCGUGACAUAACCAGGGAAAAACCGUAAAGCGAGGACCCGUGCUGUACUGUACGCCGUGGGAAACGGUCCUGGCGUGACAGGUAGGUCUGACUUACGGUUUAGGAGUCCCUGGGACGCGAUCUACGACGAAGACCGGAGUCAGAAGAAGCUGGACGGGCGGAAAGGCCUGAACAGGAUUCCUGGACACAGCUAACGUGGUGAAAAACCUUGUGGAUACUGAACCCAAGAUGGCGUCUGAGAGAACCCGGAAGUGGAUCCUCAUUCAACGCUGACCUCGAACGGUAAGGAGCCAGGUAAGGGGAGUGCCUUAAGUAGGCUAGGGGUAGCAAACCAGCACCUCCCACAAAUCCAGGCAAAUUGCCUUAAUACAUAUAUAUAUAUAUAUAUAUAUAUAUAUAUGUAUAUAUAUAAUUUUUUUAUUCUUAUUUUUAUUUAUAUUAUAUGUAUAGAUAGAUAGAUAGAUAGAGUGACCAUCACUGAAUGCUUUAACUCUAGGCUUGGAUUUGAAAAUAAAAAGAAAAAUUCCAAACUGUUUGCCUACUGGCAGCACUAGCAGCCAGCGAACACAUAGUGAAAAACCCUCAGCGGUGCCUGGGUUAAUUAUGUGGAGGCUGGCCAGUGCUUGCUAGGCAGCUGCCUCUUUUUUAAGAGAAAGAUCAGAAUAUUUUUGGCCAUUUGUUGAUAAAGUUUAACACAGUAUCAGUGUCCUAAGUGGAAUCAUUUCUAGGCUUCAUGGGUCUAGAUUUUUAUGAUUUCCUUUAAAGGACCACUAUAGGCACCCAGACCACUUCAGCUCAAUGAAGUGGUCUGGGUGCCAGGUCCAUCUAGGGUUAACUAUGCAGCUGAAAACAUAGCAGUUUCAGAGAAACUGCUAGGUUUACAUUGAGGGUUAAUCCAGCCUCUAGUGGCUGUCUCACUGACAGCCACUACAGGUGCUUCUGCGAUUCUCAGUGUGAAAAUUAAACUGAGAUGACGCUGGACGUCCGUAGGAAAGCAUUGAGAAAUGCUUUCCUAUUGGCGGUUUGUAUGCAAAUAGUCCUUCUGGAUUUGUCAAAAGAUGUGGAAAAAAUUAUAUUGUUCUUGGAAUAACUAUUGCCAUGCCAGUAGAUGUGGGAACCAUACUUGUAUGGUCCAAAAGAGCGUUAUCAGCAUCCAUACUUGGGAGAAAUUACUGGACUGCAGAAAUAUAUAGUCCAUCUUUAGGCAUAUGGAUUGAUUGGAUUUGCAUUUUAGUAAACUUUUCAGAUAAAGGCCUGCUAAAAGUUCUCAACAAUUUAUACAAAGUGCUUUCUCAGAUUCUGACAUUCAUUCCACCUGUGGCAAUACCUGCUUAACAUGCUCCCUAUCCUAGGUUCCUGGCUACUUCUGUGAUCAGAUUUAGAUCGGAUUUGAAAAUCAUCCUUCUGUUCCAUAUUUCCAGGGAAUCAUAUGAUUUCUUCCCAUGUGUCUGAAUUCAGAAUAAGAGUGUCUGAGUAAGCCAAUCCCCAUCAUAGGUAAAUAGUUUUUAAUCUCUGGAUACCUCUGUAUGUAGAGGCCCUGGUAAAACCACUCAGAUUGAUGCUCACUGCAAUCCUAUUAGUCUGGACAUGUAUCUCAAUAACAUGUGGAAUUUGUGCAAUGCAUUUCUUUCCUGAUUGAUUUCCUUCUUGAGGUAGGCUCAACACAGUAUUUUCCGAAUUCACCAAGAAACCUAAAAUUUAUAUUGACCUGGUAAGGAAGAAGUGCAGGUUUUUCCCAAUUUAUUAGAAAGCCAUGAUUUUGCAGAGUUUAGAUUUUGCAGAGUCGAAUAUAUAUGUUCUUUUUGAGUGGCAAUAUUUUGAGACAUUAAAGGACCACUAUAGUGCCAGGAAAACAUACUCGUUUAACUUGCAAGGCUUGCGAGGCUUAACCCAUUCAUAAACAUAGCAGUUUCUCUGAAACUGCUAUGUUUAUAAAAGAAUGGGUUAAGCCUAGCUAGACCAAGCAUCCAGACCACUUCAUUAAGCUGAAGUGGUCUGGGUGCCUAGAGUGGUCCUUUAAUAGAAGAUUUUCUAAACAUAUUACUAUGCAAACACCUCUGCUUCUCAGCAGGGCUGCUACAGUUUGCACCAUGAGGCUCAUGAAAGUCAGAAAGGAAGGAAAACGAAUUGCCGCCUUAUUUCUCUUCAUUUGAAAUGGAGGAAGUGUUGGUAUUCUGGUGCUAUUGGAAAUUUAAAAUAAGCAUUUUUUAUGUGUAUUUUUAUUAUUUAAUUGGAUGGCUGCAACAGUUCUUUCAGGCAAUGUAUGCCUUCCAUUUUUAUUUAAUUGGACAAUACAAAUUGGUUCAGGUUUCAUUUGUCCUCUUUUUCUCUCACAGUUGAAUUGGCAUCUGUCUGAACUAUUGCAUCAUUUCGGUGUCAUUCUAAAACUUCUUUGUCUUUUAAAAGGAUAUCUUUCUUUAAAAAUAAGAUUGUCAAUUUUGUUUUGGACUGGAUAUUCUAAAAAGUAUUUUUGGAAACCCACAAUUGUUUGAAUUAUGCAAGCUUUUGAUGUUAGUAGACAUCAUUUUUGGAAAAAAAAAGUGGGUGGAUGUUAAAAUGGAUUCAGACUGAUACCACAGGGUUGUCUUGAAUUCAACUAUUCCCUGAAUCCACAUCCUUAUCUAUCUCAUCCUCUCUAGGGAAAAAAAGUGUGUUUGUAAAUUACAGUUCACUAAACUAUCCAUGUGAAGAUCAUUGGUUCCGCCAAUAGAUACCUUGAUAGGGUCGACCUUUUUCAUCAAAGAAUGCACUUUGUCAAGUUCAAUGAAGGCUCCCACAAAAGUUUUAAUAAAGUUGUCACCGAACUGGGCACCAUCUAUCUCUUCUCGCAGUCCAUUAAGGGUCUUCUUUGUUAAUUUCAGUUUAUCUUGUAUAAUUUGGUUAAUUGUCAACACAACUGUUUUGCUUUUUCCCAGUAUUUCCAAACAUGAUCAUGUAUCUAGAGAAGAAUGAGCCAUGUGUUUUACACCAUUAAAUUUGAAUACAUCUACCCAUCGUGGAUAUAACUGUUGUAAAUAGACAGAAAUUUCUGUGUAAACAUAAUUGCGAACUUGUAAAUAUUUAUUAAAUCUGUUGCUGAAAAGCAAAGGUAUACAUGGAAUAUUUACCAGUGGUAGGUAAAGUAGUAAACUGUGUAUGUACUGUCACUCUAGGACACUUUCUAAAGGGGAAGCUCUUGUCUCUUUUGCUCUAUGCUGGGAAUGAUAAUACAGAUCAUUUAUACUUACCACAUUGGCUAAUAAUCUACAAGACCUCUAAUUAAACACAUACAUUUUUUUCUCUCUUUACAUGUACAUCAAGGACAGAAUAAAACCUUAAAGCACUGAGUUAUAUGGAGUUUUGAGAUCCAUCUGGUAUCUUUUUCAAUAAUUGUUUCCAUUUUCUAACAUUAGAUAUUUAUCUUAGCCCUGCACUUGCCCACAGAAUGUUUUUUAAAACCCACUAUCUCUGAUCUUUUACCCAAUCUUCAUGACCAAAGUAUGACCUGAAGUGUGAUAUUAUAUCAUAUAUCAGUAAACAUCAAGCCUCCAGUUUUUCAUGCUGCUGUUUUUUUUUUGCAUGCAUGCACUGAGGAAUUUAAGGCUUAGUUUUAUAUCCUGUAGAAUUUGCAUACAUAAGGUCAAUGGAAUGGCACAGAAAAUAAAUGGAGCACAGGGAAAAGCCACAAUUUGAUACCAUAAAUAACCAUGGUAUUUUAGAUUUCCUUUAUAUUUAUAAAUGCAACUUCAUUAAGCUUCAUGCAUGUGAUACAUUGAGGAGCACAGUUUUAUUAUGCCGUGUAGAUAGGAAAAUGUCUGCACAGAUGAUGUAUGAUUCUGUCUAGUCGAAAUGUAUAAUUUAAAUAAUUGGAGCUCUGCUCUAUUUAUCAAAUUAAUACUUAUAGGUUAGGAUUUAUACCAAUUUAUUUUAUAAAUUUGUAAAACGAGGUGAUAAAAAAAAAGUGACUUGCGCACUACCCCAAAUCCCUAUGCAGAUUUAAAUAACUGAAUGUUUUUUAGUAUCACUCCAAUGACCAUUAACCCCUUAACGCCGUUACGGUGUUCUAUGCUGUCGCGGCUUUAAAGAGCUUUAAAGCCGUUGUGGCAGCAUAGAACGCCGUAAUGGCUUAAGCCCUGGGGAGCUCCAAUUUACUUACCUCCGCCGCGAUCCUCUUCGGGAGGGCUGCCUGACCGCCCAGGCAGCCCUCCCCAGGCGAAUGAGGCCCCCGGGGGCCAUGUGAUCGCUCUCAAAGAGUGACCACAUGGCCCUGUAUAGCUGGCUAUGGAUCUGCCAGCAGAGGUACUGUCUGAAAUAUCAGACAGUCCCCCUGCUGGUGGGAAAUGAAAAAUAAAAAUAAAAUAAACAUGUGUAAAAUAAAUUAAAUAUAUUUAUAUAUAUAAUAUAUGUAUAUUUUAUAUAUAUAUAUAUAUAUAUAUAUAUAUAUAUAUAUAUAUAUAUAUAUAUAUAUAUCUUUGCAUAUAUAUAAAGACUUUGGGUGUUUUAUUUUUAUAUUUAAAAUAUGUAUAUACAUACAUAUAUACAUACACAUAUAUAUAUAUAUAUACACAAGUAUAGUGGCACUCACCCUUUCAAUGAAUCAGUAAAAGACUGCCUUGGUGCAAUCCCACGCUGGAUAUGUAAAGCAAAAAGGAAAGAGAUGCACUCUCAGGUCUUUGUAGAAAAAAACUUGAUAUUAUUUAAUAACAGGUAACAUACAUCUGAUCGACGUUUCGACCUCUUCAGGUCUUCCUCAAGAUCAAUAUACAAACAUAUACAACACAAAUAUAUAAGCAACAUAGGAGGAGUUACUCACCAAACAAACAGUGCACACUGGUUUCCAUUAGUCCGAACCCGGAAGUGUAAGUGAAGCGUCAUGUGGCGCGUGUCAUGUGACGUAUGGGCGUGGCCAUUACCAUGAUGCAGUUGCUAAGAAACGGGUAAACUAAUAUCAAACUUAUAUCAUGCUAUUUGGUAGUUAUUAUAGUUCUGUAUAUUUCACAGGGCUUUAUGCCCUUUCACUCGAUUGCACAGAUAAUUCUCUGCCUAAUCCGAGCUGUUUCAUGUUCACUACAUAUUUGCUCGGGUUUAGUUUACCCGUUUCUUCCGGGUUCGGACUAAUGGAAACCGGUGUGCACUGUUUGUUUGGUGAGUAACUCCUCCUAUGUUGCUUAUAUAUUUGUGUUGUAUAUGUUUGUAUAUUGAUCUUGAGGAAGACCUGAAGAGGUCGAAACGUUGAUCAGAUAUGUUACCUGUUAUUAAAUAAUAUCGAGUUUUUUUCUACAAAGACCUGAGAGUGCAUCCCUUUCCUUUUUGAUAUAUAUAUAUAUAUAUAUAUAUAUAUAUAUAUAUAAAAAUACAAGUAGCUCCUGCACUCACGCUCCAAUGUCCUUUAAUGGCCGGGUGCCAACCAAAGACAGCUUCAAUAUCCAAGAAAAUCCAAAAGUAUGGCUGCACUCACGGUUUAAAAGUCCAAAGUUUAAUGAAAAAACGGUUUAAAACAUCAAGUGAUCAACGUUUGAUCCUGAUGAAAGUCUUAUGUGACUGAAACGUUGAUCACUUGAUGUUUUAAACCGUUUUUUCAUUAAACUUUGGACUUUUAAACCGUGAGUGCAGCCAUACUUUUGGAUUUUCUUAUAUAUAGAUAAAUACAUAUAAUUACAUAAAAGAUUACAUUAGUAUACACAUAGAAUUUAAAUACCUAUAAAUGCAUAUAUAUUAAAAUUCUACGUGUAUAUUUAAGUAAUCUAUUAACACAAUUAUGUGAUUUGAUUAAUUACAAUUUAAUUGACAUGCCUGACAACACAGGGAGAAAGUGCAGAGAAUUUAAUUCGCAAGCACUAUAUUUGACCCUGUAACUCUCCAAGACACCAUAAAACCUGUACAUAGGGGGCACUGUUUUACUCGGGAGACUUUGCUGAACUCAAAUAUUAAUGUUUCAAACUGGUAAAUUGUAUUACAACGAUGAUAUUUUAAGUAAAAGUGACAUUUUUGCAUUUUUUACAAACGAACGGCAUUUUAUGGACUAUAUUAUUGUUGCAAUAUGUUUUACUGUUCUAAAACACUAAUAUUUGUGUUUAGUGAAGUCUCCCGAGAAUAACAGUACCCCCGAUGUACAGGUUUUAUGGUGUUUUGGAAAGUUAGAGAGUCACAUAUAAGGCUUGCAUUUAGUUUUUUGACAUUGAAAUUUGCCAGAUUGGUUAUGUUGCCUUUGAGAGCGUGUGGUAGCCCAGGAAUGAGAAUUACCCCCAUGAUGGCAUACUAUUUGCAAAAGUAGACAACCCAAGGUAUUGCAAGUGGGGUAUGUCCAGUCUUUCUUAGUAGCCACUUAGUCACAAACACAGGCCAAAUAUUAGUUUUUUUGCUUUUUUCACACAAAAACAAAUAUGGACGCUAACUUUGGCCAGUGUUUGUGACUAAGUGGCUACUAAAAAAGACUAAACAUACCCCACUUUCAAUACCUUGGGUUGUCUACUUUUUCAAAUGGUAUGCCAUUAUGGGGGUAAUUCUCAUUCCUGGGCUAUCACACCGUCUCAACACCAUGGAUAAUUUUCUGUUAGUAGUGUGGAAUGUAAUCUGACUAAGGCAUCUGCCCCAUAAAGUAUGUAAGUCUUGUUAAGUGAAACAAAAAAUAAUCAAUGUCCAAUAAAAGUGUGAACUAAUUAGUUAAGUGUGCACCACAAACUCUAGAAAUAUGUAGCAGGCUAUGUUACCAGGGAUCAGAAUUGUUAGUUGUGCAUUACUAGCCAGAACUAACAUGGUUAUUGACUAAAAUAAGAGUUCAAAGUGACUACAAAGAGAAUUUCCAAUUUAAUAUAGCCAAACUAAGUAUAUUUGCAAGUGUAGUUUAUUUUAUUAUCUGUUUUAUAUUUGUCAGAGUGUAAAAAGAAAUGUGAGCUUGUUAUGUGGCUACAUUUUUGUAGCCUUUGAGUGACUACACAAAUGAGGCAUUUCAACUGAGACAUUUGGUAAUUAGAAGUAAUGAGGAUGUAAAAAAGCAGUUUACUUUCAAUGAUAAAACAUUUUCAUAAGACAAUAUUAUAGUUGUAAAGAUUAUAUAUCUUUUUUAAUGUAACUACUGUUUUCAUCCACCUUAGAUAUAUAUAUAUAUAUAUACACACACACACACACACACACUUAUUUUUUUUAUUUUUUUUAAAGGAUCACUAUAGGGUCAGGAACACAAACAUGUAUUCCUGACCCUAUAGUGAAAACCCACCAUUUAGAUGGCUUGAUCCAACUUAGCCCGCUCAGAAUGGUUUAAAACUCACCUUAUUUUAAGCUCUUCAUGGGUCUGCCGGCACUAGCCCCGCCCCCUUGGUGACAUCAAAAUUGCUGAUUUUUAGCCAAUCCAAUGCUUUCCCAAGGGGAAAGCAUUGGACUGGCUAAAGUCGGCAAGGAGCGGGGCCAACACCAUUUUGGCCAAUCAGCACCUCCUCAUAGAGAUGUAUUGACUCAAUGCAUCUCUAUGAGGAAAAUUCUGCGUCCCCAUGCAGAGCGUGGGGACGCUGAACAGCAUGAGCCAGGAAGCCCCUCCAGGGGCCAUCUAAGAAGUGGUCACUUGGAGGUGUCCCUAGGGGCAAUGUAAACACUGCCUUUUCUCUGAAAAGACAGUGUUUGCAUGAAAAUGCCUGACGGAAGCUAUUAUAUUCACCAGCUGUAGUUGUUCUGGUGACUUUAGUGUCCCUUUAAAAUUCCCAUGUCCAUCGUCAUUUUUUUUAAAUGUAUAGCAGUAAAUAAUGUUAUAUAUAAUUUUUAAACCCUUUAUCUAUAGUUAUGCAUGAAAUAUGCAUACAGUUCCAAAACACAAAACAGUAAAAUAAUGUCGCCAAAAGUUAUAGAGGAAACAUACAAGGCACAACCGGCAUUCUACCAGAACACAUCCAGUACAGAGAAGCACUGAGAUCCUGUGCCUAGAGUAAACCUAUGCACAAAAAAUUAAAAAAAAAAGUGGGGGAAGAAAAAAAGAGGGAAAACACCAUGAUGUAUAACAGAGAAUACCCACCCAGAUAGUAAAUUUUUUAAAUAUUAAAAUUUUAUGGACAAUACCAAAGACUUUAACAAAAUUAUAAAAAAAAUACCUAUUUUUGAACUGCUAAUAGGGAAUACAAUGGUUUAACCAUAUAUGGUAGUGUGUUAGAGAGGUUAAUUAAUCCUAUUCUAACAUUUGUAUUUUUGUGCGUAGUGAUUUAACCAGGAAUAAAUUAUAUACUUUAACAGAGAAAUGUCGGUUAAAAAAUAAUAUAAAUGAAUUGCAGGAGCAGCUCAAAGAAAAAACACUGACAUUUGUAUUUAACUUAGAACACACAGAUAUGCUUAAAUCUGUAUCGUCUCACUCAGCAGUUGAAUGUGAAGCAACUCAGAAAAAUCUCAGCAGUGAAAGUGUCCAUUAAGAUAACAAAUAUAUCAAACAAAUGACUCAUUUUACAACUACAUUGGUCUCAACAUUGAACAUGUUAUACAUUUUGUCAGCUUGCUAACUAUAUAGUAGAGAUACAGUAUAUACUAGUAUUUUGCAAAGAUUGUUACCUUUAUCUUGACAAAUAUUAAGCAAUAGUUCACUGAUCGUAUAAUUUCUCACAUAACACAAUCUUAUAAAUGUCCCUAGGCAAAUAUUCUUAUGUGAAUACUUUAAACUGCAAGAUAACCACAACAGCAAUUAUUUUGUAGCAAAUCUCACAUACACACCCAAAUAACCAUGUUGAUAGAUCUCUUUUGUAAAAUUACGUGACAUCAAAGCACAAGUUUACUAUUGCAAGGGAUGAUCUGGUAUCUCUGACAUCCUGGGAGACGGUGUGCAUUGCAUCCCUCCCAACUGUACAUUUUAGUUGGUCAAAAGAGACACACAAAUAGCUGAGAGGUGUAAGGAGAACUCACAUGGGGUUAAGGUGAUCAGAAGAUAUAUACACAAGGGGAUGAAAGGGUAAGGAUACCACAACAACCAAGUGGUUGAGGGCUAAGGAAAGACUUACAAGAGGAAAUGGGGGUCAAGAGUGAGGCACAAGGGGAGAUAGGAUUUGUAGAGAAGCACAAAAGGUGGAGUAGUAUAUUUUAAAUUUCCAGUUCAAAAUUCCAGGUGGGUGGGUUGCUGACUCGAAUACAAUGUUUAUAUUCUGUGGCAAGAGUUGCAAACAAACAAUUUUAGCAUGGAUGUCAAAUACCCCAGGUAUGCAUCUGUAUCAGAUGGCUUCCCAUUGCUGAAUUUUUAGUAGGAUGAAAUAGAGUAGUAUUUUAGAUUAGUUUACAUAAUAUCUCUGCAUACGUGCACAGUAUUAACAAGUGUAGAUGUUAAUAACCAUUUGGGUCUUGCAUAACUUUAGGUGCUGAUACAGAUGCCAUGAACUGUCAUUGGUACUUUAAUAUGGUGCUACAUUUCAAAAGGACACUUUAUGGAUCUUAUUGAAGUGAUUAUUGUACAGUCCUGCCAAUCCCCCUUCUCCACGCAUCCUACCCCACAAAAGCCAAAUUGAAACAAACUAGAAGGCCUGAAAUUGCAGCAUCAAGCCAUGUCUCCAAGCCCUCUGGGUAUUAGAUCUGGGAAUCUUAUUUCCAGACUCUCUUACCUUAACAUACUGGGGCGUCACAUGAGCAUACGCAGCGCCAUCACACUGGCCCAUAGGGAAUCAUUGAAUACAAUUUUUGUCUAUUGAGCAUGCACCUAUGUCCCUCAAUGCUCCUCUAUAAGGAGAAUUUGAUUGGCCUGCCAUCCUGGAAGCAAAUCACUAGGGUGACACAGCCCAAGGGGGAGAUCCCGGCAGCACCAAAGGAGACUCUGUGCUAGAGAAAAGGUGAGAAACUAGUUUAUUUUAUUUAUUUUUUUGUGUUUGUGUAGAUGGGAGGAGGGCAAAAUGAUAAGGGAUACCAGGAAUGUUGUGUUAGGAAAACAGAUAUGUACUCCUAAUGCUACAGUAGAGAAGUUGAGAACAGUAUGUAAUUAUGCUAAAUUCAGCAUGAACUUGGUGGCAUGUUAAGAUAUGCAUUGGCUUAAUUUCCCAGUAUAAUUUCAAGUUCUUGAGCAAUCAUAACUUGCAAUCACAACGCAACAAAGAGAGCAUAACCUCUUAUCAAACUGAUAUGGGUAUUGGAAUUGUAAAACUGAGGUAAAACCAUUGCACACAUAUUUUGCCAUCAAUGAAAAUAAGUGCUUUCUAUUACAUUUUCUUUCCUUGGUAUGCAUAGUAUGGUAAUUCAGUAAUUCUCUUUAACCCUUUUGUACCCACAUGAAACAUUCAUACUUUUUGUUUUGUUUUUUAAAGAAAGCUUUGUCUGGUUCGAAUAAUUGGUUCAUAAAUUAUUUAUUUCUUAACCACAAAUGUGCAACAAAAUGUUUUAAUUUAGAAGUGUAAACUAGCAGCUUCAAACACAGUAGAGGCAAGACUAUAGGGGCAAGUCGGGCAUCAUCAUCUAGUUUUUGUUGAAAUAAAAACAAUUUGCCAUGGGCGGUAGCAGAAGUUCUGUUUUUGUAGGGCUCUACAGUGGAGUGUCAAAUGAUUGUAAGGCAGUCAGUACUUCCACUCCAACAAGGCUCUCCUGCAGACUUAAGUUUGCAAGCUUUGUAAAGAGAACUGCUCCCUGAUGCUGGCCGGUAAGUAGGAUGAAGGGUAUAAAUUAUGUAAUUAUGCGUACAUGUGUAAUUUAGUGGGGUCAAAUGGGGGCAGUGUUAUAGACACAUUGGAUCAUUGUAGAGGCUCUUAGUUUUUAGAAUCCAUGCCCCUUUAAUUAUACCAGACCAGGUCUCUGUCACAGUGUUUUUUUUUCCUGGGGGUUGCUGGGUGAAUUGAGGAGCAGGCACACGCACACAUAGGAGGUUGGAGGGAAGCUAUAAAAUACUUAAAAAUGGUAUUUGUACUUAUAUGUGUGAAUAUAUGCGCAAGUGUAGCUGUGUGUCUAUGCAUGUCUUUCGUGUGUGUACCUGUGUAUGUAUGUAACUGAGUGUAUGUGCAUAUCUUUUUCAGUGUGUAUAUCAGUGCAUAUAUCACAGCAUUCAAACACCAACAUUGCACACAAGCACACCCCUGCAUCGAAACACCAACACUGCAGAAAAUACACCCCUGCAUUCAUACACAGAAACACAGCCUUGCAUCCAAACACUAUUUCCACAAACACUUCCAUGCUUUCAAAUCUACAGACAAACACACCCCUGCAUCUCAAUGACAAUAGUACAGACAAAUACACAACUGCAUUCAAAUGCCAAUACUACACACAAAUUUUUAUUGUUGUAGGAAAUAAACUACAUUUAUGACAUUAUGUGAAGUUGUUCUUUUUGCCUGCUCUUUCUUGAUUGUGUGCAUGUGUGUGUAUAUAAAUUUGAUGCAUUCGGCCCGGCAUACAUACCUCAAUGUACAGUUUUUUUUUUGUUUGUUUUUUACACACUCUAAACAUUUAGUACUUUGCACACAAAAUUAUCUUGAUAAAUUUCCUACCGUAUAUACGUUUUUCCUUCCUUCCUUUCAUUUUAUAAGACCUAACUAUGGGAUUUAUAAUGAAUUAAACAUGUGAAAUUCUUUGAUAUAGUUAUUAUAAUAAUGACAGAUGAUUUUGAUCUUAUGAUAGUCACAUGAAACCCUUGCUUUGCCUGAAAUUAAACAUUAGUCAGUCAGUAUGAGCAAUAUUACAUGAUAGAAUUCUGAAACAUGAAAUCAGGACAAAACAUCACCUUUGGAAGCUGACACUUCUUAUUUUAAUAAAACAUUUGAGAUUCAAGGUUAUACAAUUAUUAUGCUUGUAAUUAUUAUUCCUUUCUUGUAUUUCCAGGUUCGAUUUGUGAGCAGUACAUGGGUUUUUGGAAAAAUGAUGUGCCAUGUGAGCCGCUUUGUCCAAUAUUGUUCUGUUCAUGUUUCAGUGCUGACUCUCACUGCAAUUGCUUUAGACAGACAUCAGGUGAGUUAUGACUUUGGUUUUAAAAUUCUGACUGGCAACUUCUGAAAUCCAGGCAGCAUGUGUGUCAGCAAAGGUUUCAAGGCAAGGAAGAAUAGCAUUUCAAAAGGAUUUGUUCCUGUCACCACUUAUCUUAAAUUCUGCAGUAUUCUCUACAUUCAAUCCACUACAAAAUGAAAUUACCCAACAUUGAAAGCAAAGCAAUACAAGUGCUUAAAAAUCAAUGCAUAUACCAACUCGUAUUGGUGAAUAUCAAUUUAUUUUGAAUUACAUAAAGUUACUGUUCACUCAUAAGUGUGCAUGGUCUCAUCGGUUUUACACAUCUUGGCAUGUUUUGCGAAUAUGUUGCCAAUCACUGUUUUAAAGCACACCUAUCAUGCCCAACAUUACUCUAUAUGUCACUUCUUAAAGUUUGGAGAUAUGCCAUUGGCAUAUCCAAAACAUCUAACAGUCUGGACCUGCCCCCUCAUCUCUCCCCUAAGCAAUGCACCCAGGUGGGAUGUGUAUGGUUAGCUGAGUGUGAUUGUGAUUAUGGUGUUGAUUGGCUGAGUCUGACAUGUACAUGCAAAGCUGUCUGCCUGUGAUUGUGUGUGGGACUGAGUGAAUGUGAUAGUGUGUGAGAAGUGUGAUGGUGUGUGAGGGCUGGCUGCUUGAGAGAGUAUGUGUGAUAUUUUCUAAGUGUAACUGAGUGUGGAGUUGGCCAAUUGUAAUUGUGUAUGUGGAGCUGUCUGAACUUAAGUGUUACAUGUGCAAUAUUAACAUUAAAACAGUUUUUUACCCCUGUUGUCUAGCAAUGAGUAUGAUCACUGGUUGUCUACAGCUGACCAUAAAACCUGAAUGAUCCAGUGGGGAACUGUGUGGCCUAUACCUUCAGUGGGUGCAGACCACAUUAAAUAAUUUUCCAGGUUGGGGUGCUUACGAAUGGAUUCAGAGCCACGGUAACCAUGCGACAGUGCUCUGACUCAUUCAUUCAGUGCAAUGCCAUCACAAGGUACCGCUUAAAGUGCUCCCUGUGUCAAUCCAUUCACAAACACUCACUGAACACCCCCCACUCACUGAUACACACACACAAGCUCACCGUCAGACAAUUUCACUGACAAAGGCAAGCUCAUUGACAUAGAUAAGCUUGAAGACAGACAGGUUCACUGACACACAAACACAGUAACACACACAAGCUCCCCGGUACUUAUUGAUGCCGGUAGUUUGAUGUUUAUGAGUGCCUGGCAGAGGCCUUGACUCUGUAGUUAGUGUAUCUCUAUGCAUUUUGUUGCGGUUUCCUGGCCUUUUCCUGUAGGUUCUUGAAAGGCUGGAGUGGCACUAUGGGGUGGUUUCUGCUAUGGAACUUGGCCUCACUAAUAUUGGGAAAUGCUAUGAUAUUUUUUGACACCAAGGGAGGGGUGAGAGAACAGGUGAAGAUAAAUCAGCUGCCCAGAGUGUUUUGGUAUUAUAUUUAAGGGUAACUGGCAUGGCCGUUCAGAGGAGCAUCCACACCUGCUCUGUAGUAAUUUAUUUAGUAAAUUGUCAAAUUUGUAAUAUAUAAGAAACUGUUUUGCUGAGGGGAGGGGGACAUUGUGAAUUUUCUACUCUUUGUUAGACAAAACAAAAAUAUUUGGCACCACUUAAUUUAAUGGCAGAAAUUUAAAGAGUAAGAUAUUUGACAUACACAGGGAAUGGGGUGAAGUACAUGAGGCAUAAAAAUAUCUACUAGAUGCAUUUCAUUUCAAAUUGAUGAAAUUCAAUCUGCUUCUAUCUCUGUAAUAAAGCGUCAUAGAGGUUUGCUUGGUAAAUUCUGAAAAUGGAAAAAUUACCAGUUUCAGGUUCUAAAACUAUGAAAUGUAUUUCCUCUUACGAAGACAUAAAUGAAAUAAAUUUAGUGAAUAAAAACACAAAUCUUAUUACUUGGGCAAUAAUAGCUGAUUCAAAAUUCUCUAACUCAAUUUUAGUAAGUGUCACUUUGCAAAAGUGCACCAGCAUACAGUCAAACGUUGAGUUCUAUUACCCAACUUUUCUUAAGAUAUUAAGGCAAUGGAGUUGAAACAUUGAGUGUAUUGUGUUGUACAUACACUUAAAGGAACACUACAAUGUUAAAACAUGAAAAAAAUGUUACUUACCUUUUUCUCUAGCAGUAAGUCCUCUCUAACUGCUGCUCUGCUGCGGAGGGAUUGUCAAUGACAAAAGUCUCCACUUUCUGUUCUGAUGGAAUCGAGCAUAUGCACCAAUCACUAAAUCUAAUGCACUCACUUUUUUUUUUAAUGAUUAUUUAAAUGGAGUGAAUAAGGAAGCACUCUUGCCAUUCAAGUUGAAGUUGAACUUUAGGGGUCUGGAGUGUCCCAUUAAAAUAUUUUUUUAAAGUUCUGUAAGUGCAUCUUUCAUGUUUCUGAAACUAUUUUCAUAUUUAGUUUUUUCUGUGUGCAAUACAAUAUAGGGCUGGCAUGAAAAUGUAUCCAGGACUGCUUUUAUGCAGAUGGAACCAGGUGGCUGCACUCACCUGAACAUGCAUAAAUGGGGUGCUGCUGGGGCCAAUUCAUACAAUACAGAAGAUCCAGUGCACUCACUCACUCACCCACUAAACAGCAACUUCAAAGCUCACAUUUUUUUUAAUUUUUUUUUUUAAACACCUAAUCUAGGAAACAAUAAUCGGGGUUUAGUUACAGUAUAUGAUCAUACAUUGCAUAAGCCUGCCACAAUGUUAAUAUACCCCAUCUUUGGCAGGUCCUACUCUAACAGCUUAAUGCAUGCUCUUACGAGAUUAACCCACUUACUUAAGGAAAUUUUUUUUUGCCUUGAGCCUUUUUAAACAGUAGAUUCCAGCUCUAUUGCUGAGAUAGUGGAGGCAGGGAGCGCAGCUGGUGGACCCCAGCUAAGAAGCCAAACUAUUCUAAAAUGGCACUCCUGGCACCAUAACCAUAGAUACCAUAGGUCUUAAUUUUAGGAGUAUCUGUUGUGAACCCAGUUGGUCAGUGGGCUGCUCAAUUACCCCAUAUUUUAAGAAACAGGGGUUAUCUAGUAACACAAAAAAUCUCUUGUUUAAAAAAGGGGACUACAAAAUAAACAUCUAAUAGCCAAGAAUAAGAUAUCAGUGUUAUACUUUAUAUACUCCUUGUUUGCCUAUUUUAUAAAGAAAUCUAUUGGUGCAGAAAAAUUUACUUCAGGAAAACAUGAACUGAAACUCUGAAUAGAAAAUGAAAACAUAAUUACUAUAAUCAAAUAUGAACAUCGAGUACAAGCAUGCAGCUGUGAGUGUGGGCCCUUGAGGAUAUCAAUCUCAAUAUUUGCAUAGCUAAAAAGUUCUAAAAAUGUUGAAUUGGAUUAUUGCUGGUAAUUAUACCUAUAUUUAUGACAGAUACCUUGCCAUGCCAACUCUUAACAUUGACCUGCUGAUCUGUGGCAGCUCUAUACUUUGCUUGGCCUUAGGCAAAACUCAAACAUGAGGCCCCUACUGGCACCCAUAGAAACAAAAGUAGGGAUUGCAUUGUGUGUGUAUAAGGAGUAAGGUUUUAGAAGUAUGUGGCUGUAGUGUGCCUGCACGUGUGCGUGUGUAUAGAGGCCGUAGUGUUUGUGUAUAUGGGGUACAGUGAGCAUGUAUGUAUAGGGGUGUAGUGUGUGCAUGGGGGUAGAGUGUGUGUAUAGGUGGCAUAGAGGUAGAAUACAGAAAACUGAGGAAUUCCACAGGAAUCUCAAGAUAUGUUACCAGCAAUAAACAGGUAAAUAUAGUUGUACAUUUUCCCAAUAUUAAUAUUAAAUAAUAUGAAUAUAAAGAUCUGGCAAUAAGGCAACAUAUUGACAAAAAACAAAAUAAAAUACUUUUGGGUCAUUUAAAAUGCAGACAUGGAUUUCCAUUAAUAGAUAAUAAUUCCAUUAAUAAAAAAUUGGGGAUGUAGGGCUGAGUGUGACAUGGCUGGGGUGUUAAUAUGACAAGGAGAGUGUGGCAAUAUGAGGGGUGAAGAGUGUGGCAUUGUUGGGGGUUCUGUGUGACAGGAUUAGAGGGGCUAAAGUGUAACAGGAUGAAGGGAGUAAGCGUGGGGCCAAAUAUUUAUAGAGGCUUUGUGUGUGGGUGGAUGACAGUGCUGGGCAAGGUUUGUUUCAUUGUCCAGCCUCCCCAUACUGUAUGCCUUUUUAAUGCAUUCCCCCCCUCCAGGGCAAUAAAGGAUGCAAUAAUCAAUUCCAUUUUGGGCCACUUGCCCUCCUCUCCUGUCUGCAGCUCUAGUGGGUGCAUGGUUGCAGACCAUGAGGUAGUUGUCUCAUCAGCUCUGGCCCUUGAAGUUUCGAGCACUGCCUUGGUAACACAUGGCAGUGCCUGGAUUAGGCAGGGCUUGCAAAACAACUAAUUCAUAGUCUGCAACUAUACACCUGGCUUUGUAGAGUCGAGGGCCUCUGCAAUCUUGUAACACACAGGGCAAUCUAUUGUAUCCUAUAUUUAUUAUUAUUUUUAAUAAGCCUUUCAAAUUAUUCCACAUUAUUGAAUAAACUUUUAAAAUGAUUUAAUAUUAUGAAAAAUAUUUUAGUAUUUUUCAUAUAUUGUUUUUUAUUGUACAUGAUAUAAUUUUUAAUAUUUUAAAGGAAAUUCCAUUAUGUCAUUUGUUAAAAGAAACCUUUAACAUAAGUCAUUUGGAUAUAGGAUAUAAAUCAUUAGAAAUCUCUAAAUUAGAGAAAAUGUAUCUCCUUGAUCCAAACAGUAAAGCAACUAUUUCAUUCUGUUACUCCCAAAUUUCUACUCUUCCCAACACUAAAAUUAAAUUACAUGUUAUCAUGGGAGUCAGAAUUAGGCACUCAAUAUUAUUAAGAUGAUUGGCUCAGUUUUCCCCUAAAUUUAAAAGGUACAACACAAUACACAAAUCAUUUUGAAAACCAUUUUAAACUCAUACAUAGAUGGUAUUUAGAUGCAGCAAAACUACAUAACAUAAACCCAAAUAUACCUGAUAAAUGGAAGAAAAAUUGAGAAAAUAUGGAAAUAUUGGAAAUAUACAUGCAUUAAUUCAAAACAUUAACCCAUCUUUGACUUAUUUUACGUAAGAAUUAGGCUUGUUUAAAAAGUUUCAUCGUUCCAUAAAUAAAAUCGACAAAAUAAUUAUAGGACGUAUUUUAAUUGCUGCCCCGAUACUGGAAAUCUCCCAAAUUACCGUCAAUUAAAGAAAUCCUAAAUCUGACACUAGAGAAUAUAUGAAAAAAAAAAAAAAAAAACUCUCUAAUAAAAUAUAUUUGAAAAAAGAAAUAUUACAAAAAUAUUAAACUGAGACCUUAAUUAUUACCUUUUAAAAUAAUAUGACUAGUUUGUUACAAAAUAUAGGCUGGGAAUAAUUUAAAGAAAAUGUAGCCUGGAUGAAAACCAUUACACUCUGUACACAGAAUGUAAAUAUAAUCUAAAUCACUCUUGCAUGUAAUACCGAAAUUGACCAUAUAACACAUUUUUAAAUCAUUCUUAUAAAUUGGUAAGAUGAGAGAUGAACCAAAUUUUGCACCACCAAGCACAACAAAAAUAAAGAAUUAAAAAAAUAAAAAAGUGCAGAAAACAAAUUGCCUGUAGCUUAUGGCUAACAAUAUACAAUCUAUUGUUUGUCUGCUAAACCAUCAGCCAUGCAGACUAUAUCUGCAUUAAUGUGGUGCCCUGAGCGCUUGACACCCAGUGCUGCCAUUAAGGGGGUUCAGGCAGUACCCUAUUAAGUAGCCUGGUCAAACUCUUGGGCCCUUUAGAGAAAUGCAGUAGAGUUAAAGAAAUAUAACCCUAACCACACAGUAUUGCAGAAUUCAGGUGUGGCCACGUUACCUAGGUGUGUUAAUUGGUCCCUUUCUCCACCUCAUGGGGGUUCUAAAAGAUUCAAAGUGUGCUAAUGGCAGCCUUGGCAAUACCAGCAUUGAAUGUUUUGUGCCACAGAGCCAGAGAGCUCAGUUCUAACCAGGUAGAUUGCAAAGUCAGAGAAAGGAGCACUCUGGAUUCAGACAGCAUAUUUUGACUGAGAACUAAAAAUAGUCACAGUGAGAAGGUCUAUCCUUUCCAGUAUUCAUAUUUGGGCUGGCAGCCAUUUUCACAACAGAAACUAUGUUCAGGCCACUAUUUCACUUCAUUUCCAGCAUCUUGGUAUUACUGCCUGCUACUUCUUUGAACCAGUCAGCCCUUAACCUUUAUGAGUAUUACAAUUUACCACUGAGGUGCCAGGCCAGACAGGCAAAAACCACUAUUGCCAUGUCAUGGACUGAUCAUGUUGCCUGUGAGGACCCCACUAGGAUUACUCUGAGAGUAUGCCUAGACUAGGUCAUUGCCAUGAGGACAAUGCUGCCUGCUCGCUUUACGCAGUGAUGGUAACUGGGGAGCAAACUAAGACUAUGCUCUAAGUCUGGAGCUGUUCCUUUGCAGGAAAUUAGAACCAUGUGCUCCCAUAUUUUGAAAUAGGAGCUCUACGACUUGGUAUGUGCAGAAGCGCUUACCCUUGGACCAUGGGAGCUGGGAUUAACCCUUGGUAAAUACUGUACUUUUUUCACCGAACAAAACUCUACAUUCCCCUCUAUAGCACUGCAGGUGCAAGCAAGCAUCAACUACCUAGUCUGCCUUGAGUGGUAGUGAGCUUGUGUGUUUUUGUGCCAAUAAGUUUGCCUGUAGAGAUCCUGUGUUUGUCUGUCAGAGAGUCUGUGUUUGCGUGCGUAUGUCUGUGUGCUUGUGUAUGUCUGUGACAAUUUGUGUGUCAGAAUACUUUGAAAUAUACAUGCAUAUUCUGUCCAUAUAUAGGUCUCUAUGCAUCUAUCAUCUAUUUAUCUUAUAUACACAGCAUUGCAAUUUAAUAACCUUCCAGUGCCACUCCCUUUUGAUCCGCCCCUGGUUGUACAUGUAAAGUUUUCUGCAGUUGUAAUUUAACAAGUCAUAGAAAUAUUUGCUCUAAGCAUAACUUAUGUGUUAAAGGGACACUAUAGUCACCCAGACCACUUCAGCUCAAUAAAGUGGUCUGGGUGCCAGGUCCCUCAGGUUUUAACCCUUCAGAUGCAAACAUAGCAGUUUCAGAGAAACUGGUAUGUUUACAUUUGGGGUUAAUCCACCCUCUAGUGGCUGUCUUCCGGACAGCCACUAGAGGCGCAUCUGCGACGCUGGAGGCAUAUUUCGCCUCCAUCACCCAGCGCGUCCUUAGGAUUAAGGUAAGCUGCUGAAGGGGCACCCUCAGGGCACUAUAGUGUCAGGAAAACUGCUUUGUUUUCCUGACACAAUAGUGAUCCUUUAAGUAGCUAUCAGCACACCUCAAUAGUCUUUUAGCACUUCAAAUGUAUCAGGAAUCCAUUUAGGAAAGCCACAGAUUCACUACACACUUCAAGUGUUUUUUUUCAGGCAAGUAACGAAAUAAUAAAUAUUUACACAAGUCUAAUAAACAAUAACUACUGCCCAUGGUUUCAUAAAACUGUUAUACAAGGCCUAUUUGUGCGAUGGUCUCCUCCAUGCAUAAUAACUGCUAUGGACUCCAAAUAAUGUUUACAUUAAAUAUAUUAUAACUCAGUUAAAGCAAUGUUGUAUUAUGUUGAUAUUACUGUUUGAAUUAAUUUAUCAAAAUGAGGAUUUUGAAUGACUGAUUCAUUUUAUGCACAUUUUCUCAUCAUUGUUUUAUCUGUGAUAAGAACAACUCCGUGGGGAGUUAUCUAUAUAAUUGAUACAAGGCAUGCUGUCACGUCAUUUUAAAACACAAGUUAAUUGAUACAAUUAGAAAUCUGUUUAAAAUAAAAAAAAUUUGGUUCAAUGUGUAUUAUAUACUGUAUAUUGAAAUGAUAAUUUGACACGUUACGUGUCAAACUACACAUGGAUUGAAAGAGAGGAGUUUGAGACAUCUAUGGGAAAUUCGGGAAUGGAAAAGGUGUAGCACAACAAUUUUCAGUAUAACAGGAACAAAGAUUUGAUUUCUCCUGACAUAGAAAAUGUGUCUGUAAGAUUUGCUGUAAAUUCGUAAUUUUGAAAAGAAAAGAAAAAAAACAGUUACUUUAAUAAAAUGUGCAUGCAGAUAUAAGCAUAUAACAGUUUAGUGACCUUAAAGGGACACUGUAGGUACUUAAACAACUUUAUUUUAUUGAAGUUGUCAUAGUACCUACAGUCCACCCAAAACCCUAUCGUACACUAAUUAGAGGGCUUGGAAGAAUGGCUUCAAGGAGCAUUAGGGCCAUAGCGUUAAGAAUACAGAGAUGUAUUCCUAAUGCUACAGUGUUCUACCUAUCUCAAGAAAUUACUCCAUUGAAUAAAGCAUAACUUCUGAUAACCUUUGUCAUAUGAUGCUCUUUUCCGUUAGUAUUAAAGCAAAUGACAUGACAGUCCAGUUCAACCCAGGUAUAACCAAGGCACACGUUGCAAAUGAGGAUGAGAAAUAGAAACAUUGUUUGAUUUUGCCUUUUCUCUGUAGGUUUAUCUAUGGUAAAUACCAGGUGCAAAGGGUACCUCUUAUAAUGAUGACUGACAGGGAGUUAAGAUAAAGAUGACCAAUUGCAGGAUGAAGACAAAAUCUGGUAAAAAUGAUCGAUCCAACCGCAAUGGCAAUUCUCAUGCUAAACACAAUCAGAAUUUGGCCAGACUAAAUGAAUUUGCAGCAAUCGCCCAGAUGCAUUUGAUGAACUGUUUACAAAGUAUGGGAUUUGUAAGAGUCACAAAACGAAUGCAUAUGUUAGUAUACAUAGUCACAAAUUAUACUUCACUUGCUAGUCUGUGCGCAGAGAGCAAAAAAAAAAAAACAUGUGCAAGUGUUAAUUCUGUGCUUGCUAGCGAUGUACCACAUUAAAAAAAGUUUUAAACAUAUAUAAAUAUAUAAAACGUUUUGACCCUAUUUGCAAUGCGGCAAGUGGAAGCAUAUUUACUAAAUGUUUGAAACUAGUUACUGGGCAAUGAUUAUACUCCAGAUGCUAUAAAUGCCCCAUCCCACAGGAUGGGCAUGUUAAAUACAAGGAGGACAUAGUCUCCUCACGUGUCCCCACCCAUGGACAUCUGGUGGGUGACUGUAAAAUAAAUAAUGGUGGUCGACAUUCUAUUGUCUAUACCCCAAUUGUCUCGACACUUUCAUGUCUUACUAGCCAACCAAUUAUUAGUUUUAUUGUGCCUCCCCUCAAUGUAACGAGGGUGAGUAGAUAUGGUUAUUUAAAUUUAAAAGCUUGAACUUGCUAGUUUUGGUUCUUGAUUCUGGAAGCUUAAUUUGCCAUUAUGGACAAGAAGUCUUUUGUCCAUCAGUCAUAUGGGCAUGAUGUUUGGUGGUUAGGGGACAGUCAUUAAAAAUUGAUUUUCUUUGCAGAUCAAGUGACCAACAACCAAUAGAAGGAAAGAAUAAGGAACUGUAAAAUAAUCUACACUUCCAAGCAGGAUUAUUUCCAGACAAUGUAAAUGCAGCAACUGAGGGAGACAGGCCAGCUGAUACUGUGUGUUUUACCCUUUUUGUGCCUGUGUGGAGAUAGCCUGAGUCUGUGAUUCUAGCAUGAGACUAGGUUUAGGUUUCUGCAGUAUUUAGCUAGCUAGCAACUGCCAGUGACACUUGAAGCAACUUUGAGCAGGAGAUAGUAGAUUGACAUUUUGUAAUUUGAUCCUAGUGUGAAAGACUAGUUUGCAUCUAUACCAUUGUUAAUUUUUUUGCAUGAGACAAGUGGGCUUAUUCAUUAAACACUGGAUUUUGUCAGAAUCUGCAGCAAUCGCCCAGAUGCAUUCAGUGUCCUGAUUAAAACUGGUGAUUUUGCAUGUGAAUCCUAUCCAAAGUAUACGAUUCCAAUGUUUCAAGAAGCACAGAUUUUAAACUGAAUAGGGACAAAAUGAAUGCAGCAGGAUCCACAUUUCGAAACUAUUGUUCACUUUCUUUUUUGCAAGUGAAUGAUAAUUUCUACUAACUGUCUAAAACUAGAGACUGGGCAGAUGUUGCCACGGGGAAGGAUCCUGUUAAAAAACAGAGUGGUGGAGAUAGUUGCCCAUGCCCCACCCGAUGCCUACUUGAAAAUAAAUAAUAGGGGAUGUACAAAUCACUAAGGCCUAUCAAGUGGGGGCUAUUUAUUAAAAGAAAAGUGAGGUACAUCCUUCUGAUAUUCAAGGGGUACCUUGGAUAUUCCUUUUUGACCCAUAUAACAUGCGCUUGUGAUAAAUUGGAGAAAUGUAAUCAAGAUUAAAGACCUCCACCCAUGGGAGCGGCGGGUGGGUGCUCUAUGAAAAUGAAACCAAGGGGGAUUGGCAUACCACUAUCUACCCUCACAAUUAUUGGCACCUUCAAACCUUCCCUUGGAUGACUAGGAGUCCCUAAUCCCCUAGCCACCAACCUACUCAUCCUCACCCUAAUAAUAGUAAAGGGGCAGGGACAAGAAAACUAAUAACUGUAAAAUUAAAAAUUAUGCUUACCAUCAGAAGUUGUCUUUCUUUAGCCCCAGAAAAUGCCACAUCAAAAGCUGUUCUACGUGAUGCAAAUAAUGAAAAUUAAAAAAAAACAACUGAUUUGCAAACAAAAACCAACUAAGUAUUAAACAUGUAAACCACCUGUGUUUUCUAGUAUUUGCAGCUUUUGUAAUGACCCCCCUCUUUUGCAAAUUGCUGUAGUUAAAACCAAUUUCCAAUCUUUUCUAUGGAUCAGCAAAGGAUUUAUUUUUUUGUAUGUGCACAUAAUUUUCUUUGCAUGAUGGUGAAGUUAAGAGGUUUAUAUGUCUCGAUAAGUUAUGCACUAUUGGACAUAUUCUUUUUAUUUUAAGAUUGUCCAUUCUUGCAAUGCAUUAAUUAUUUUGGUGGAUGACAUCAGUAUUGGAAUAUUGGCUGCAUGCUGCUAAACACCAAUAAUAACUUUUGAUAAAUUAUAAAUUAAUGUUUAUUAAUUGUUUUCUUUUAAGUGCAUUGCUGUAUAUUACUUUGAAGUAUAUCAUUUGUCUAACUCUAAUUUUAAACUGUUCUGUUUUGUUUUUAGUUUUAGAGAGAGCACUAGCAGUUAUACUUAACAGUUAUACUUAACUCUUUUCAAACUGAAACAAAUUGAUUGUGGUUUGAUGGACAAAAACAUGUUUAUUUCUUUUUCAGGUAAUCAUGCACCCACUAAAGCCAAGGAUGUCUGCGGUAAAAGGCAUUAUCUGCAUUGUAGUCAUCUGGUUCAUGGCAAGUGGAUUCUCUUUGCCACAUGCUAUUUAUCAGAAGCUAGAACAGUUUUACAUUGGGUAAGUAAUCAAAGCUCAAAUGACUUUCUAACAGGGAUAUUCACUACAACAAGAAUUAUAAAAGUUAACUGAACUUUAAAAAUUGUCCAAGCCAAUUAUAUUUUAAGUUUUGCCAUUCUGGCCUUUACUUUUUAAUUGACUUUGAAUUAAGUUUGAAUUCCCACUAUUUUUUAUCUAGUGAAUUAACUUGUAUAACUCAUUGCAUGUAUACACAAAUAUAUCUAUUCAUAAUAGAGAGUUAAACUGGGUAAAUCAUCACAAACCAACUUAAAGUGGCACAAAAGCCAAAAAUAAGCACAUAGAGUCCACUGGUACAACCCAAAUAUUUUAAUUAAAGGACCACUAUAGUGCCAGGAAAACAAACUAAUUUCCUGGCACUAUAGUGCCCUGAGGGUGCCCCCACCCUCAGGGUCCCACUUCUGCCAGGCUGAAGGGGGAGGAAGGGGCUUAAAAUCUUACCUUUCUCCAAAGCUGGGCUACCUCAGUGCUGGGGACUCUCCUCCCUCUUCUGAUGUCAUAGGCUGAAUGCGCAUGUGCAACAAGAGCCGCACGCACAUUCAGCCAGUUCAUAGGAAAGCAUUCUCAAUGCUUUCCUAUGGACGCUGGCGUCUUCUCACUGUGAAAAUCACAGUGGGAAGCGCCUCUAGCGGCUGUCAAUGAGACAGCCACUAGAGGCUGGAUUAACCUUAAAGUAAACAUAACCGUUUCUCUGAAACCUCUGAAACCUUGCACCCAGACCACUUCAUUGAGCUGGGUGGUCUGGGUGCCUAUAGUGGUCCUUUAAGAGCAAGAUUUAAAAUGUAUCUGGAGAUAAUUCCUUUUUGACCCAUGUGACAUGUGCUUGACUUAAAUUGGACAAAUGCAAUAACAAUGUAUGUUCAGAACCCAAUAUGGUUAAAUGUUUUACCCAUUGGUUAAAUCAGUAAGUAGGCAGCAUAGGAGAUGUCAUGAGGAUAAUGGAUUUGAAGAAGUAAGCUUGGAGGUAUGUGUCAUAGUAUAAGCAAGAAUGAUGAUGGAUUUGUUCUAAGCAAACAUUAAUGGAUAUUUUCUCAAGGUAUUUGACUGACCUCUGUUAAGAGGUCAGACCUUUCAUUAUGUCUACAAUUUAAAGUUAACUAUUUUGUAAUCAGAAAUAGAAGAUUUUUCAGUUUGAUUAAAGGGAUACUAGAGGCACCAAAACACCUUUAGCAAUCAAAAGAUGGAGACAAUUAAAUGUAUGUGCUUGCAAUCCAGGGAAUAAGGAUCCUGAUGAAAGUCCCUGAUUGGGACUGAAACGUUGAUAAUUUUAAUGGAUUUACAAUAAAGAUUGAAGAUUUUUAAACUAUUUAAAGACCAUGAGUGCUGGUCUCUGCCCUGCAUGUAUAAUAUAUAUAUAAAUAUAAAUAACGUCAUACUAAGUGUAUUUAUUAUUAAUAUAUACAUAUAUAUUAUAAAAAAUAAAUAAUUAGUUAAAAAUAAAUAAAACAACUGUAAAAAUAAUUAUAUUUCUAAAAAUAAAUUAUAUAUAUCAUUUUAUUCUAACUGUAUUUUGAGAUAGAUGAAAAUAUAUAUAUAUAUAUAUAUAUAUAUAUAUAUACCCUUAAUGACUGUGGACACACUAGGUACGUAUAGGAGCCCAGUCCCCCUGUAGCAGGUCCAGCAACCCUUGCCCUCCAGGGCAAUAUGAUCACAUCACCGCAAUAGGAGUCUAGGAGAUGCCAGCAGGGGGGACUGUCUGAGCUGUCAAACAAUCCCCUAGGCUGCUAAAAAGUUAAAAAUAAAUCAAAUUAAAAAAAGCAUUUUAUAAUAUAUUAUACAUAUAUUACACAUAUAUCUCAAUAUACACUUAUAUAAUAUAUUAUAAAAUGCUUUAAUUAUAAUAUAUUAUAUAUAUAUAGGAAAUAAAAGUGUGUGUAUAUAUAUAUAUAUAUAUAUAUAUAUAUAUUAUAUAAAAAAUGUCCCAAAUAGGAUAAUAAUGGAAUGUACACCCUCCAAAUAAUGUUUUUUAGCCCCCAGAGAACCCGAUACCCCUAUACAUGGGGGUACCACUGAACUCCGGAGAUGUUGCUGAACACAUAUUGGGGUGUUCUUUGGCAGUAACCCUUAAAGUUCUCCGUACAUGUAUUCUUAAAUUGCUAUGUGUGCCAAAAAAAAUCACUAAUUAUUCUUUUUUUUUUUAUUUGGCAUAGAUUGGUGGUAAAAUGGUUGCAUGAAAAGAGUCAAAAUACCCCAAGUUUAAUACCUUAGGUUGUCUUCUUUUAAAAAAUAUAUAUACAUGCAAAGGGUUAUUCAGGGAUUCCUGACAGAUAUAAGUGUUACAACGUAACUUUUGAAAAUGUAAAAAAAAAAAAUGGUUUGGAAAUAGCAAAGCGCUACUUGUACUUAUUGCCCUAUAACUUGCAAAAAACAAACAAAACUAAGAACAUGUUAACAUAGGCAUUUCUAAACUCAGGACAAAAUUUAGAAACUAUUUAGCACAGGUAUUUUUUGGUGGUUGUAAAUGCGUAACAGAUUUUGGAGGUCAAAUUUAGAAUGUGUGUACAUUUUUUCUUCAGAUUUUAUAAAAACAAUAAACCAAAACUGCUUCAUUAAGCUAAAGUUGUUUUGAUGCCCUUUAAGCAUCCAGUCAGUGAUGGUCAAAAUUAUACAGUGGAUGGUGCUGGAAUAUGUGUUUUUUUUUUUUUUUUGCUUGUUUCUUUCAUAAAGCUAAACAUAUGUGUCCUCAACUUUUUCAAUCUAACUUCCAUUUAUACAGUAUAUAUUCGCUCUAAAUUUAGGCUCUGGGUUCCUUUCUUUAUCUCAGUAUAGAGUCACCUCUAUUUUCCUACUUUCUUGAAAAUAUUUCUAAAAGAAAACAUUAUUGAUAAACUAAAAUCUUUUUAAUAGUGGUGAUAAUGGGAGCAAGUGUAAAUAGUAAAGUCUAUAAGUUUAGAUUUACAGGUUAUGUGUCAGAUACGUGUCAAACCUCAAAGAGGAGAAUAUGUAAGUGUUAAUGUUAAUUUGAGAUUUAACUGGAGGAAGAAGACCAUGAACUGAAAUCUCGGUAUCAUCUGCUUAUAGUUUGUAUUAGAAAUAGUGUAGAUUGGAUUAUCCAAUAGAUAAGAUGCCAAAAUACCAGAGUAUUGCAGUAAGCAAUGAUACCUUUUUUACUGGACUAACAUAAUAUUUCAAAGACAAGCUUUUGGGAGUUUUCCUCUUUUCUUUAGGUCUGAAGCAAUACUGAUCAAUCUGAUAGAGUUAAACAGCUAAAACAACUGAUGUUAGAGAAGGGGAGGGAGGGAGUGGGAUGUCAUAAAUAGCAGAAGAUGUGCCUGGAAGUAAAAGGUUCAGGAUGGCGGAGAAUAGCCAGAAAAUGUAAAUAAGCAGAGAAGAGUCAAUAAGCCAGUUAUAAAAAAGCGAAAAACAAAAAAAUAGAGCAGGGCAUGCAAGUAUAUAGCUGCAUAUAUAUAUGUAUAUAAAUUGAUCCAAUAAAGGGGAGAUGAGAAUAUUGAAAAAUAACUAUAUAAGACAUUAAGAUGCGUGUUUAGAAACCGUUUUGGUAGUGUGUGAGAAACCCAGAGUCUACAUAAAGUCCUUCAUUUCUGGUGUUGAAAUGAUUAUUUUCAUCUCAGAUGUCUUUCGUUCAUGAGAGUCUUUAAAAUUCCAUUUAAGAACUUUAAUCCUGAGGUUUUGGAUGGAGUGACCAGUCUGGGUGAAGUGAUGACCAACAGGGGUACAAUAUCUGUUUUCCUUGUGGUUCUUGAUUGAGUGUCUUUGUAGAUUCAUUCUGAGAUGCAGCUUAAGGCCAGUUUCUCCAAUGUAGCAACCUUUGUCACACACUGUACACUGUAUCAUGUACACCACAUUCACAGGUGUGCACGAAUAUGAUCCCUUAAUGUUGUAUGAUUUUUUAUUGUGUCUGGCUGUGUUAUUUCGACAUAUAUGUUGACACAGUUUGCAGAGUGAUUUGUUGCAUCAUACAGUCUUUUUGGUAUUUUGACAUCUUGUAUUAGAAAUAGAAAGAAGUUAAAGGGUUGCUUUUAGAAUUAGUAUACAUAUAGAGAUAGUAUAGUACAGGCCAAGACCUGAUGACCAAAAGAAACUCAUGGGUCUAUUCACUAUCACAAUCCAGUGAAAAUGACCGAAUUCCGACCGCAUUGGCAAUUCACAUAUCUACUAAUGCCAAAUGUGGUUGGAAUUCAGUCUGCUCAAGCGAAUCUACACAGUUGCCAGAAUACAUUCAGUGUCUUAAUUAAAAUUGAUGCUUUUGUAUCUGAAUCCUAUACAAAAGUAUAAGAUUCACAAUCACUUAUUGUAAUAAAAUUCGUAACCAAACUCAUCUUUGCAAAAUUUCAUCCAUUCGCUUUCAUGAAAGUCAUGAUAAUUUUAAGUACAAUUUAGCCAGUGAUAGUGCUAGAAGGCACAUUGGUUAAUUAUGUGGCAGAUGGCCAGCGGUUGCCACAGGUGGGGGGGGGACUAGGACUCCUCUGUUAUUUUACAAGCACCAAGGUUAGUUUGGGCAAAGUCCGCAUAGGGCAAAGAAGAGAGUUCAAGGUGUUGAGAUGUGUGCAAUCAUGGUAGUAUGAACUAAUGUGAGAGGAAAAGUGUGAUUUUUAAGCAAGGACAGCGCUGUAUAAAUGCAAAUAUGAAUUUAUAAAGGAGAAAGCCGACAAGGUAAGAGUACCUCCAGUAGCGUUCAGCUGAUCGGGAGCAUCUCUGUAGGUAGUGGGUAGACUUAGUGUGCCAUUGUUGGAGGCGUAUUUUCCUAGAGGUGCAAGUUUGAUGCUUGAAGUGCAUGCCAGAGGGGAGCAGGAGAUUGGAGAACAUGCAUCAAAAAAAAUAAGAUCAAUGGUAUUGCGAGCUAUAUGCGUGGGAGAACUGACCCACUGUGAUAGACCAGGGAGGAGGUAAUUGAAAUACGGUUUGAGGCUUCUGAGGUCAAGAGUGGGUUAAUUAGAAUGUUGAAUUAGGGAUGGAAUAUUACUUGAAAGGAAGUAGGGAAGCCAGGUGGGAAAAUGGAAAGAGAAGAGGGGAACCAAGUGGGUGAUAAAUACAAUGAGUGUGGUUGGAUAUGUUUUUUUGUUUUUUUUAAGGGGAGGAGUUAGUGAUAUAGCCACAGCUACCUGGAGGUGACAAACAUAUUCUUGCACCCAGGCAUCAGUGACCCUAGGAUCAGACAUGACUACUAUUAAACAUAACUGGGAUCAUGGCAGAACAAAAGGUAGGAGGAACUGCAGUGCCACUAGCAGUGGUAGUAGCAGCACUGGUAAUAGAGCUGGCGGUCUUGGCUUGGCUAAGAAAACAGCAUACAUGUACAUGAAAGUGGCUGCUUGUGAGCCUCACUCUCAGUCCCAAUCCUGCUGCUAUACUUUGUGCCAAACUUUGUUUGUUUGGCACCUUCCAUUUCCCUUUCUUCAUGGACAAAUAAAGAGAGGAUAAAAGUAGAAGAAGCUGGGUGCAGAACUUAUUUUUACUCUUUGAGCUAUAACAAGCCUUUGUAGUAGUACCCUUAGAAGGCCCUGCUGGUUUCCCACUAUAACUGAUGCUUGGGCCUAGCUAAUGAUGCACUAUUGUAUAGAAGCAGAGAGUGAGAAAUAGUACUGGUAACAUAGUAGCACUACUGGUGAUGGAGAUAGUGGUGGUGGUGGCUGGAACAUGACCCUCACUUAGGAAUAUGAGGAUUUAUUUCUAAUAAAAUCGAAAAUGUAUAAAAAAAAAACAAAAAAAAAAACAGUUGUGAACGUGUAAUCAACAAAACCAAUCAAAAACAACAAAAUUAAAGUGUUAAAGGUUUUGGGGCUUGUAUUUUAGUGUUGACUUUAAAUUUGAUGUUGCAGUUUGGUAGUUUUAGUUUAACUGUAUUGCAAUUUGCAAUACCUUCUUUUAUACUAGCUAGCUAAGGUAAGGCUAUUCUACCUAAAUGGGGCUUCAAUUUCCUUUGAAUUAGCAUAGGAAAUAAUUCCAAACUGUUGCAAAAAACUUUUCAAAAGAUUUCUCUACAAAAAUUGCCAAAGGCGUUAAUGGUGACUUCUGCAGAGUUAUCAUUUGAAAUGUUUUGUUCAAACAGACUGGAAUAUUUUCUCAUGCUGAUCCAAACAAAUGAAUUCAUGGCACAGGUCUUGCAGAAUUAUUUAGAAAGAAAAGAAUAAAAAUGGAGAAAAGGAAGCAACCCAACUGCAAUAGACUCUGCUCUAUAUACAAUGAAAGUUUCCCUUGCAUCACUUGUAAUUUGAAACUGUGUUGACAACACUAUAAGUCUCUAGCUAACUUAGCCCCAAAAAUUGAGGCAGAAGAUUAUAUGACUUUAUAACAAAAAGUGCAGCACAGUCUAACAAGUGUAUCCUGCACAUAGAGAAGCAGAAAUUCUGGCUAUGAAAAAGUAUUCAAAAUUUAAAUGACUAAUAACUAAAAAUUGGUUUUGUGGAAUACCGUUUAAAUGUGAGGAAGGCUGAACUUGAUGGACACGUCUCUUUUUGGCCUAUGUAGCUAUUAAAAAUUAACCUAGUGCUAGUAUAAAUCUAAACUUUGAGGUCUUACAGUCACACAGUCAGAGUCUGGGCAAACUAAUAUAUAAAUUAAUUUAUAGAUAUCGCUAGUUGCUGUACUGAAAAUAUCAAGUUAAAACUAACCAAUUUACAAAAUUAAUUUCAAAACAAUAGUUCACUUCACUGCUAAUUGUGAAGAAAAGAAAAUAUCACUAGCACAGUCAGUUAAUUCACUGCCAGUACAACUAAAAAACUAAAAUUAAAUUAACUCACUGAUUUUGUGCAAUGCAGAAAGGAAACUGGAGUACAACUAAAAUUCUUUACAUGCUAUAAUUUUGAAAUUAUACAUUCUAAUACAUAGUUACAUAGCUAAAAAGAGAGACUUGCGUCCAUCAAGUUCAGCCUUCCUCACAUAUGUUUUUGCUGUUGAUCCAAAAGAAGGCAAAAUACCCUCGUCUGACGUGCAUCCAAUUUUGUAACAAACUAGGAAAAAAUUCCUUCUUGACCCCAAAAUGGCAGACCGAUAUCUCCUUGGAUCAAGCAGCUAUUACCCCACUAAUUAGAAAUUAUAUCUCUGUAUGUUUUUGCAAGUAUUUAUCCAAUUGCUGUUUAAAAAUCUGUAUAAACUCUGAUAAAACCACCUCUUCAGCAGAGAAUUCCACACUAUUAUAGUUCUUACAGUAAAAGAAACGCCUUUUCUUUGCCUUAGGUUGAAUCUCCUAUACAUAGGACCUUGUGUCCUAUGUAUAGCCCUGUUUAUGAAUAGAUUUGCAGAUAAUGUUUUGUACUGCCCCCGAAUAUAUUUGUAUAAUGUUAUCAUAUCCCCGUUUUUCCAAACUAAAGAGAUUUAAAUUUUUUAACCUUUCUUCGUAACAAAAAUGCUCCAUUCCUUUUAUCAAUUUUGUAGCUCAUCUCUGCACUUUUUCUAGUACUGUGAUAGCCUCCUUUAGAACAGGUGCCCUAAAUGGCACAGCAUAUUCAAUAAAAUUGAAGAUAUUUAUCUAACCCUGCUAUAUAUUUAUAUAAUCUUUCUCACAAUCAUUUGAUGGAACUAGGGAUUCAGCUUAAACCUUUGGCCAAGCUCCUUAUACAUUAUGCCACGGGAAUUUCCAAACAAAAUCAGCACACUCCCCCCUUCCUUCUCCCCUUUAUGUAAUGCAAGCAAGAAGGGCAUCAUCAGAACGAAUCACAUGGGAGAAUUGUUUCCAUUGCACAAUUCAUUCUUCAAUUCAUUUGAACAUUUGGCAAUCCUUCAGUUUGUUACCAACACAAACCACCAAAUCUGGCAGAUUUUGUAAGUAUUGUGGUUUGUCCAAAUACAAAUGCACAAGUCUAGUUUAGUUCCUAAUGAUUUUUAUCUGAUUGCCUGCUAAUAUGUGAAUUCGUUGUUCAAAGUUAACAUUGUGAGUUCAAUUUCUAUGAUGAGUUCAUAACAUCUUGUCUUUUGUCCUCUCUUCCCCAGGAACACCGUGCGCAUGGUCUGCCUCCCCAGUUUCCCCUAUCCUGCUGAUCUCUUCUGGAAGUAUCUGGACUUAGCAACCUUUGUACUCUUGUAUGUGUUGCCACUAAUUGUUAUUUCAAUUACCUGUACCAUGGUGGCAAAGAAGCUCUGGCUAAGAAAUGCCAUUGGGGAUAUUACCAUGGAGCAAUAUUAUGCCCACAGGCGUAAGAAAAAGAUGACUCUCAAGAUGUUGAUGCUAGUGGUUGUGAUUUUUGCAGUUUGCUGGUUCCCUUUAAAUUGUUAUUUGGUACUUAUGUCAAGUAAAGUCAUCAACAGCAACAAUGCCCUGUACUUUGCUUUCCACUGGUUUGCCAUGAGCAGCACCUGCUAUAAUCCAUUUAUCUACUGUUGGCUGAAUGAAAGUUUUCGCUCAGAGCUCAAAGCCCUGCUGUGUGUUUGCAGGAGGAGAAGCCCAGCACAGACUCAUGCUCUACAAUCUAUCUCGCCUGCAUUCCGACAUGCCUGGACUAAACAAUGUAGCUAUAAGAAAGGUAAUCGCUCACAAACUGCUGGAUCUGCAGCUAAUGCUAACUCAGGGAGGACUGAUAUUUGCAGUGUAGAGCCAAUUGUUACAGUGAGCUGAAGGUGUGCAAGUGCUGACAGGGUAACUAUUUUUAUAUAAGUGAAAGGACAUUUAGUGCUGGUUCACCUCCAUCAAAAAAGUUAAAAUAACAAGACUUACAAUAAAAUUGUUCAUUAUAACUAAAGUGUUUACAUUGUUUACAGUAGAAAGGGCAUCCUUCGAAGGAUCUGUUUGGAGCAGUUAUUUCCUUAAUUUUCUAUUGUAAUCUAUCUACUAUUGUAAAGGGCUGUGCACAAAUGGGGCUAUAAUAAUAAAAAUUCCAAAAUACAAAGUUGUUAGAGCAUGCACAAAUUUUAAUCACAAAUUCACUUUGCAGGAAUAUGUUUGUCAAUCUAAUUUCUAAUGUUUAUCUUUGUAUUUGGUUCUGAAUGACACGCAUGCCUGCAUUCAGUAAUUGAAUGCUUGUCCAAACAUUUAGUUAAAAGAUUAUAUAUUAGUAAACUGGCUUUAAUGUGAGGGUGAAAUUUGUAUGUAAUAAAAGCAGGUGUGAUGAUUUCUUUAUUAAAACAAGAAGAAACAAUAUUUUUGGUACCUUGUUCGUCCCAUUCAAUUUUAUCUUCUGUGAAGCUUGCCACCUAACUAAAUUAAGUAUACAUCAUGAGAUAACAGAGACAUAGUGCUAUUAUCUGUUCCCAAUGAAUAUUUUUGGAUACUUUUUUACUCUCUCUCCACAAAUUUUUUUUUUUUUUUUAAAUGUCUCUUGUUGACAUUAUUGGGCUCCUGAUGUCCUUCAUCAGAUGUCAUUCUGAGCAUGCCAACAUAGAUUGUCUCAGAAAUUCCUCAGUGAACAGUGUUCUAAUUUUUUUAGCAGAGUUUCAUUUUUGGGAAUUUACAAGGGUACAACAACCCUAUGCAUGAGAAAAUUCAAACAUCAUGAGUCAUCCCGAGAGACUUUGCAUCGAUCUUACAGUUUUAAGAUUCCUUUAAGAUUUUUUUAGAUUAUCUUUGGGAACAAAUCUGGUAUAGGAGGGACUAGAUUAAGGCCGAUUAGAAUCUUUUUCUUCCAAGUUUAAAAAUAUGGAUGCCGAAAGGGUGUUAUAUGGAUGCCGAAAGGGUGUUAUAUGGAUGCCUUCAAAUUAACAUUGAGUACUUCUGCAAACAAGCACCAUAGAUGUGCCAUUGAUAAAAAUGGUAUCAGAUUCUCUAUAUAGAAGGUAAAAGGUUUGCUAUGAAGUUGAUAGUAAAGUUUGGUGCUAAGCAUUUGAACAGAUUUACCUCUUAAAAUAUUUUAUAAGUAAAAAAAUAAUGGAAAACCUUUAUACACGCACAUUUACUAGUAUUACUAGACUUUUGCAAUUUUUUGAAACACCACUGACCUGUGAGUCUUCACAUGAACAGAUAUGUAUAUUGCAUCACAAUCCCACUUACCCUAAAUCAAAAUUCCAGUAUGGGAAUUCACGUAGAAGUAAGGGCAAUUACAACAAACAUAGUAAUUGACAAUUGAUUUAAAAUAUAGUUCUUUUGUUCUGUAUCUUGCUUUCAAAAAGGAACUAAGUAUAAACCAAAAGCAAGAAAAUAGAAACAAAUCAAUGGAAAUUGUGAAUUUAUCUUACAUUAAUCUCUCCACAAUGCACCUUCAGGUUCUAUCAAAAGGUCUAAUCUUUGUGACAAAAAUCACAUUUUGCUAAGUUCUCCCGGACAAAAGAUGUAAAUUUGUAUGUAUGUAUAAACAAAUAAACACAUAACAGAUAAGAAAUAUAGUGAACCAUGAUUACAGGUGCAUUCUGCAUUAAGGUAUGUUGCCAUAGAUCUCUCAAAGGAUUUCAGAUUGAAUGAAGAUUUGACUGUGCCCAUGAGAUCAUUCCAAAAUUGCAGUGCUCUGUAUGAAAAGGAGGAUUGAGUCACUUUGUUUUUGUAUUGCACUAUGCUACAUAAAGUGUUGGUACUGGAUUGGAGGCUAUAGGAGGUGGGAAGAGCAUUCUAUGCAGGUAGGGUGGGAGCUUCCCAAAAAAAGCUUUUAAACACAGGGCUAGAAAGAUGAAGGGUGUGCCGGGAUUCCAGCAAUAGCCAGUUUAGCUUUUUAACAUGUCACAAUGGUGGGUCAUGUAAUUACAUUGUAAUACAAAGUGACAAAAUGAGUUAUAAAACUUAUUAGGUUUAUGAAGGUGGGUUUGCAGCGCAGGUGCAUACACUACAUCACCAUAAUCAAAGACUGGCAUUAGCAUUUGUUGCACUGUUUCCUUACUAUAUGGUUUUGGCAGGACUUGUCUCUGUAUAGGGAACCUAGUUUUGGAUAAAGUAUUUCUAUAUGAAGGCCAAAUGAUAAAUUGGCAUUUAACAACAUAACUAGAUAUUUGAAAGAACAGACAGUGGUCAGUGUGCUAUUUGAAUUUGUUCUGAUAAAUAGUUGGGAAUUUUGUCAUUUUAUGUAAUUUAGGUACGGUUCCAAAGAUCGUUGUGAAAGUUUUGUCAUUGUUUAGGAAGAGUUCGUUAUCUGCAAUCCACUUUUCUACCUCUGUGAACUGGUCUUGGAGCACAGCCUUAAGCUGCAGUAGAUUGGGUUUACUAGCGUAGAUUAUGGUGUCGUCUGGAUACAUAUGUAAAGUUGAGGCUUUGCAGAUGUUAGGCAGAUAAUUUAAAAAUAAAUGUGAAUAGAAGGGGGCCAAGUAUGGAGCCUUGGGGAACACCACACGUGACCAGGAGAGGGAGGUGCAAUCAGAAGUUGUCACAUACUGCAAAUGAUCUGAUACAUACGAUCGAAUCCAGGUUACAGGAUGAUCAACAGUACCUGAGUUUUUAUGUUUUUUUGAAAGAAUGCCAUGAUCCUCCAUGUCAAAGGCCUUGGCAAAAUCAAGGAAAAUAGCUACAGUUAAGUCUCAUUGUUCUAUGCCAAUUUGAAUGUUAUUGGAAUCCUUUAAGAGGGCAGUUGCGUGAUUUGGACGAAACCCCGAUUGAUCAGGGGUCAGAUAGUUUGAUUGUUGAUAAUACUCAUAGUUUUUGAUUUUUUUACACUACAGGGAGCAAUGAUAUCAGAUGAUAGUUAGAAAUCAAAGUAUUGUCAUCACUUUUAUACAUAGGUACUGGAAGUCUUCCAAAGUUUGGGUAUGGAUCCAGACACCAGGGAUUCAUUGAUUAGGGUAGUGACAGAUUUAGCAAUUGCUGGCGCACUGAGCUUCAACAACAUUGCUGGGAUUUUAUCUGGCUCACACUGUUUUUUAUUUUUAGAUUAUUAAGAUGUUUAUUAAUGACACUAACAUGCACAGAUCUAAAAGCUUAUUUCUCUAUAUGAGGUGUUUGCUAACUUAGCAGGGCCUGAUCUCCAUUUGUAGUCUGGGUAUGUGUGUCAUUCAUUAACUUAGCAAUCAGGGUUGAGGCACAUCCAUCAAAAUAAUAAUCAAAGGCAUUUGCUACAUCUUGGGGGUGUUGCAGGGUUUAGUUGUCCAUUUUGACAGUGGAGGGUUAGGAGUGGAUGGUGGUGGAUUGUAUGUUGCGUAUUGUUCUAAAUGUUUCUUGGGUUUGAUAUAUAAUUGCUCAAAUCUUCACUGAAAUAUUGGGCCAUUGUCUGUAUGCAAAAUGAUGCAUGCAGUGCAUGGAGCAAAUACACUUGAACUCUGACCGCAAUGAUUCUCUAAAAUGGUACAUCCAAGGCAGGUGAGUUCCUUUUAUUCACACUUUAUGCAUCGGGGCAUGCAGAUUCCAAACUCACAAGAGCUUGGACUGAAAAAAAUUACAUUGCAGAGUCUAAAUCUGUGAUUAUACAUAAUUUCUGUUCAUUGUAGGUGUUACUGAUAUCUUACACUCCAGCUGAGAAAAUCCGUGCAGCGUCUCCCAAAAUCCAAGUCAAUACAAAGGUGUUGUGAAUUAUAGCUCCCAAUCCCCCAAACAUGAGCCAAGACUUCAUGAAGGGGUAAAACGAUCUGGUUUAUUGAUUGCCACAGCUCGGCCUUUUAUGCAGGUCCUCCAGCAAGGGUUACUCCCACAGGCACCUUGUGGAGGACAGUAACAGAAAACACAGUGGCCAAUCAAUUUACAGUAAAAUAUAACACUCCCACAUGAACAGUAAAAUCCCUCCUCUCUAUCCUGGAGAUAACUGGGUUAAGUGGCCAGAGUAAACUUAAUUAUCUCCAGGUAGAGAGAAUAUUUCUAUUCUACAAAAGUACAUUAAAAUACAUAACUUUACUUUGCCCGAACGGAACCCCACCAUUCGACAUAUCCCCAGACAGCUUGGAUCUGAGCGCUCAAUAUAGUCGAACAGCGCUCAGAUCCCACGAACACAGUCAAAUCGCCAUGGAGCUAAAAGAGUUCUGUUCUCUGACUGUUCGUUUGAAAUAUGUCCAGCAUUAGCUCCAUGGAUUGAGUUUUCUGGGGUUGGUCUCUUUCGUGAGUUCAAUGUAUCGAAUGGCACGGCGGUAUACGAACGAGGUGGAAGUUAGAUGGUCCCAGCGGUGUUUGUGUGAAAUUGUGGCUGAAAAUAGUUCCACGCUGUUGACUACCAACACCGCUGGGCGUUUGUCAGUUUAAAAUGACCGCCGCCACGUGUUCGUUCAAACGAACGGCAACCACCCAGCCAUUCAACAAAUAUCUGUGGUUAACCACAGCUUCUGGGUGAUUAAUGAACUUCACACUCCCAGUGCGGGUGGUCUGGCUGUUCGGUAGUUUGUUUUUUUAGGAAAAGACGAAAUAGGGCUAACUACACGAACAGCAGACGAAAUACAAAAAGCUGGGCAUUAUAAAACAGUGGUUUUGUCACAGUAGGUUCUUGAGGUUGUUUAGCAAGGAUUCAAGAUUCAAUUUCUUGAAAGACCUGGUGAUUAUUAUCUUAGGAGGAGAUUUAGUGGUCUUUUUUUUGCCUAUCAGUAUACUAGACAGUGGUCACUGAAAUUGUUAGAGAGAAUGCCAACCUCCUGGAUUCUAUCAGGACAACUGGUGAGAAUCCAAUCUAGCAAAGUAUGGUUAGGGCUUUUCAUACUAAUGUGAGUCGAGGAGGAAUUAAUUGUGUGAGUGGCAAACAGGGCUGGUGCAAGGAUUCUUGCUGACCUAGCCAACAAUCCAUUACAAUCCAUUUUACUGCCCCCUCAUGAAUGCAACUACAUUCUCUCAGAGGUCUAUUCACUAAACUCUGAAUUGCAGGGAAAGAGACACGGUGACAAACAUUAAAGUGAAACUAAAGUGCCAGGAAAACAACCUUCCCCCUCUGUCAAGCGCCCCUUAAAAUCCCCUUCCGUCACUUACCCCGGUCCAACGCCUCGGCCACCACCUUUAGUCCUCAAUGGCCGCAUUAGGAUUUCCCCAUAGGAAAGUAUUAUACAAUGCUUUCGUAUGGGGUUUUACGUGAUGCUGGACAUCCCCAUGCAUAGCCACAAGAUGUGGAGUUAACCCUGAAUAGUAAUUAUUGCAGUUUGUGAAAAGCUACAAUAAUUACUUUUGCAGGGUUAAGGGCCCUGGGACAGUGCGUCCAGGCCACUUCAAUGAGCUGAAGUGGUCUGGGUGCCUAUAGUGUCCCUUUAAGUGAAAGCAGAUGCACAGUGAGAAAUUUAGAAAAUAGGAGAGAGACACAGUAAUCACACAUUUAGGGGGAAAAAAGACACACCCACACACAAUCACUGACAUACACACAGUGUCACUUGUACACUCUCACUAACACGCACAGUGUCACUUGCACACUCUAACUAACACACUAUCACUGACAUACACACACUCUCACCAACACACACAGUCACUUGCACACUCACCAACACACACACUGUCACUUGCACACUCUCACCAACACACACACUGUCACUUGCACACUCUCACCAACACACACACACACUAUCACUUGCACGCUCACUAACACACACAUUCACUUUGCACACUCUCACUAACACACACACUGUCACUUGCACACUCUCACCAACACACUUGCACACUCACCAACACACACACUGUCAGGAAUUUUAUUCAUCUAUUACUGGCCCUUUAAGACAGCAUGGAAGUACUAUUUAAGUACUAUUUAAACUCCAAUCUCCAACACCUCGGGGCACAAUUAAUGUGUUAAUCUGAUUGAUUGCAUGCAUUUCCUUCCUAAUCCUUUGGAUGACUCUUAGAGAGACUGUGUGUUCCAUCACCGGAUCCCUUCUGAAUCUCCUCUUCAUACAACUAUAACUUUGAUUAGCUGGUUAACUAAUUAAGACUGGCCUUGACUCUGCUUUUGGAAUUUCCUUCACUAUUGCUUGAUCUCCUAUUGAGCUACCUUGGACUGGAUAAAGGACUUUGCUAGAUUAAUUGUGCCUAUACAAUUGUCAAACUUACUUAUAAUGAAAUAAUGAGAGGCUUCAGUCUCUUCAAUCACAAGUGGAAUACCUUGCUCAAUUAAAGGACCACUAUAGUGCCAGGAAAACAUACUCGUUUUCCUGGCACUAUAGUGCCCUGAGGGUGCCCCCACCCUCAGGGUCCCCCUCCCACCCGGCUCUGGAAAUGGGAAAGGGGUUAAAACUUACCUUUUUCCAGCGCUGGGCGGGGAGCUCUCCUCCUCCGAUCCUCCUCUUCUCCUACCUGUCGGCUGAAUGCGCACUCGCGGCAAGAGCUGCGCACGCAUUCAGCCGGUCACAUAGGAAAGCAUUCAUAAUGCUUUCCUAUGGACGCUGGCGUGCUGUCACUGUGAAAAUCACAGUGAGAAGCACGCAAGCGCCUCUAGCGGCUGUCAAUGAGACAGCCACUAGAGGAAAUAGGGGAAGGCUUAACCCAUUCAUAAACAUAGCAGUUUCUCUGAAACUGCUAUGUUUAUGAAAAAAUGGGUUAACCCUAGAAGGACCUGGCACCCAGACCACUUCAUUAAGCUGAAGUGGUCUGGGUGCCUAGAGUGGUCCUUUAAUUCAGGAGUUCCACCCUAAACUAAAUGAUAUCCAAACUCAAGUUGAAAAUUUAAAACAGCACACCCUUUCCCAUUAACCCGAACCUCCUAUAUACCCUCCUAAAAAUUCUCUGGAGAUCGUUCUAUUUACAGGGGGUUCAAACAUGAAUGUAAACUCUUGUUUUCUCUGAGACCUGGCACUUUUAGAAAUGAUGAUGUGAAAAUAAAAAACAUUAUUUCCUUACUUCAGGGAGAUGCUGCUAAAUGGGCUUAUCAACUAGUUGAGUCUUUUGACCCUUGCCCCUCCUCAUUUGAAUUAUUGCUGCAGGAAAUGAAUAAAUUGUAUGAAGACUCAAAUAAAAGUGAUACUGCAGAAACCUUAUUACACAAGUCCUCAAAAAACAACACCAUGGAAAUUGGAUACAUUAAAGGUCCCUAAUCUGAAAGGAACAGAAAAAAAAACUAAUAAUUUAUGCAUGUACUGUGCAUCACCUUCUCAUCUAUUACCAAAUUGUUCCCUUUCUAAAAAGGAAUAAGAUUGAAGAAACCCCUUUUUCUCCAACCAAAAGACUCUGAAUAACUGUCACGGGUGGCGGUACAGAAACCGGGACCCCUGAAUGCCUGAAGUGGAGAAGUGGGAGUCUUCAGCGUGGAAGUGGAUUACAGGGCCCGGUGCAGGGUAACCGCACACCACCUGGUGUUGAGCACCAGCGUUUGUGCGGCCACAAACCAAGACCCUGUAGCAGCUUAGUGGAAGCCAGAGCAGAUGAAUGCUGAGAUGUAUCCAGUACUAGAAACAAGGCAAAACUAGAACAGGCACCAAACAUGAAAACAAGACAGAACUAAUAGAACCCAGAACCGGAGAAGGAUAGGAAGCUAAACCCAGAACAUGUACACAAUACAUAAGGAAACAUUAACUAAGCAUGGGCAGGAUAGGACUGUACAUGGACUGGGAUUACAAAAUAAAACAAGACAAGAUAUAUUAGGCAAAACAAGAGGAGACAUAACUAAGCACUAUAUAUGAAAAGUAUGGGGAUUUAGUUACAUUAUAUGAUCAUACAUUGCAUAAGCCUGCCACAACGCCAAUGUACCCCAUAUUCGGCAGGUCCUACUCUGCCUAAUGUUCACUAAAAGAACCAUACUAAACCACAUAGUUACAUGGUUACAUAGUUACAUAGCUGAAAAGAGACUUGCGUCCAUCAAGUUCAGCCUUCCUCACAAAUGUUGUUGCUGUUGAUCCAAAAGAAGGCAAAAAACCUGGUCUGAAGCACUUCCAAUUUUGCCACAAACUAGGAAAAAAUUCCUUCUUGACCCCAAAAUAGCAGUCAAAUGUCUCCUUGGAUCAAGCAGCUAUUACCCCACUAAUUAGAAAUUAUAUCCCUGUAUGUUAUGUUUUUGAAAGUAUUUAUCCAAUUUCAGUUUAAACAUCUGUAUGGACUCUGACAAAACCACCUCUUCAGGCAGAGAAUUCCAUAUCCUUCUUGUUCUUACUGUAAAAAAACCUUUUCUUUGCCUUAGAUGAAAUCUCCUUUCUUCCAGUCUAAAUGUGUGACCUUGUGUCCUAUGUUUAACCCUGUUUAUGAAAUGAUAUCCAGAUAAAGGUUUGUACUGGCCCCAAAUAUAUUUGUAUAAAGUUAUCAUAUCCCCUCUCAGGCGCUGUUUUUCCAAACUAAACAGAUUUAAUUUUUUUAACCUUUCUUCAUAACUAAAAUGCUCCAUUCCUUUUAUCAAUUUUGUAGCUCGUCUUUGGACCCUCUCCAGUGCCAUGAUAUCCUUCUUUAGAACAGGUGCCCAAAAUUGCACAGCAUAUUCAAGGUGUGGUCUUACCAGCGAUUUAUAAAGAGGCAAAAUUAUAUUUUCAUCCCGAGAAUAUAUGCCCCUAUUUAUACAUGACAAAAUCUUACUGGCCUUAGCAACUGCAGAUUGACAUUGCAUAUUGCUGCCUAAUUUGUUGUCUAUAACAAUUCCCAAAUCCUUCUCGUGUGUGGUUAUCCCUAAUUCACUACCAUUUAGUGAGUAAGUUGCUUGUGCAUUCUUAACCCCGAAGUGCAUAACUUUGCAUUUCUCUAUGUUAAAUUUCAUCUGCCAUUUUAGUGCCCAGUCCCCCAAUCUAUCCAAAUCUCUCUGUAGCAAAGCAAUAUCCUGCUCACAUUUUAUUACUUUACAAAGUUUUGUGUCAUCUGCAAACACUGAUACAUGGCUUUCAAUGCCUAUUUCACGAUCAUUUAUAAAUAUGUUAAAUAGAAGUGGUCCCAAAACAGAACCCUCAGGGACACCACUUACCAUUUUUGUCCAGCCUGAAAAUUUACCAUUAAUUACAACUCGUUGUACUCUGUCCUUAAGCCAAUGUUCUACCCAAGAACAGGAAUAUUCAUCUAGACCAAUUUCUUUUUGUUUGAAGACUAACUUAUUGUGAGGAACCAUAUCAAAUGCCUUGGCAAAGUCCAAGUAGAUCACAUCCACUGCAACACCCUGAUCUAUACUUCUAAUUACCUCUUCAUAGAAUGCAAUUAGGUUAGUUUGACAUGACCUAUGUUUCAUAAAACCAUGCUGAUUAUUGCUAAUAAAGUUCUUCCCAAUGAAUUCCUGAAUAUUAUCCCUUAAUAUCCCUUCAAAUAUUUUCCCAGUUACAGAAGUUAAGCUCACAGGUCUAUAAUUUCCAGGCAAGGAUUUUGAACCCUUUUUAAAUAUAGGAGCAACAUCUGCCUGAUUUAAAUGCUUUAAAUGCCCUUUUCUUAUUUUUAAUCUCUUGUUUUACUUCUCUACUAAGCCACAUUGGUUUUAAUUUGUUUCUUUUAUAUUUAUUACCCAAUGGUAUAUACUGAGAAAUGUACCUCUCUAAUAUAUGUUUGAAUAGUUUCCAUUUAUCCUCAGUGUUUUUAUCACUAAGGAGUUUAUGCCAGUCGAUAUGUUGUAGAGCUGCCCUAAUCUUAUUGAAAUUGGCUUUUUUAAAAUUAUGUGUUUUAGUAUACCCCACCUGCUUUUGCUUUUUUGAGUUUAUUUCAAAAUUUACCAUAUUGUGAUCACUAUUUCCCAAAUGCUCCCCUACUUGAAUGUUGGUUAAAAGAUCAACAUUGCUUGUUAUGACAAGAUCCAGACAAGCAUCCUUUCUAGUUGGUGCUUGUACCAGUUGUGACAUAAAGGUGUCAUUUAACACAUUCAAAAACCUGAUUCCCCUUGCUGAAGUACUAGUCCCUCUUUCCCAAUUUAUGUCUGGAUAAUUAAAAUCUCCAAUAAUUAACGUGUUACCUCGAUUUGCAGCUUUCUUAAUUUGCUCUAACAGCUGUUCUUCCUCAUUAAUAUUUACAUUAGGUGGUUUAUAACAUAUCCCAACCAAUAAUUGAUUUCCCUUUGUUUGCCACAAGCAGAUAUCUACCCUACCCACCUUUUCCUCGUCACACUCCACAUGCCUAAGAUUUGACUUUAACUCAUGGUUGACAUAUAAACAUACCCCACCACCCUUCUUGUUUUUCCUAUCCUUCCUAAAUAACGUGUACCCAUUUAAAUUAACUGCCCAGUCAUGUGUCUCAUCCCACCAUGUUUCUGUUAUGCCUAUUAUAUCAUAUUGUUUAUUGUAUGCUAUUGCCUCUAGUUCCCCCAUUUUGUUAUAUAGGCUCCUUGCAUUAGUAAGCAUACAUUUAAUAUUAUCAUGAGUCUUUUGUACUUUUUGUGAAUUAUCAAUAUUACAUUCCUCCUCUGUUCUGAGUUUUCCCCUCCCCCCAUCUCCACCCCCUUUGCUCUGAGCUAAAGCCCAUCUCCUUUCCAUCCUAUCUCCAUUUUCUAGAUUGCUUUGACCCUCCCCCCCACCACUAGUUUAAAAUCUCCUCCAACCUUCAAGCCAUCCUAUCCCCCAGCACAGCAGACCCUCUUCCGUUUAGGUGCAAUCCAUCAUGACUAUACAGGUUGUACCAUAGCGCAAAAUAGGCCCAGUGCUCUAAAAACCCCAAACCCUCUUUCCUGCACCAAGACUUUAGCCACGCAUUGACCUCUCUAAUCUCCCGCUGCCUUUCUGCUGUAGCGCGCGGCACAGGUAAUAUUUCUGAAAAAAUUACCUUGGAGGUCCUUUUCUUAAGCUUACUUCCUAGUUCCCUGAACUCAUUCUUUAGGACCUUCCAUUUUCCUCUGACUUUGUCAUUGGUACCAAUAUGGACCAUGACAGCUGGGUCAUCUCCAGCCCCUCCCAAUAAUCCCUCCACUCUGUCGGCAACAUGCCAGACCCGAGCACCCGCGAGACAGCAAACUGUCCGGUUGAGUCGAUCAGAGUGGCAGAUUACCCUAUCUACUCUCUUAAUAAUAGAGUCCCCUACCACCACAACCUGUCUAGACUUCCUUACCCUCUCAACCCCACCCCUACUAGAGGGGCUGUUUCCACGGCUGUUAGCAGGAACAGCUUCCUGCAGUACAGCUACUCCUGAGCUGAUGCUCCCAACAUCUUCACUCAAACGGGCAAAUCUGUUAGGCUGCAUGAGAUCAGGACUAGCUAAACCUUUUCUCUUCCCUCCCCCCCUGCUUCCUCGCCCCACUGUCACCCAGCUACGUGCCUGUUCCCCAUCUGUCUUAUCUCCUCCCUCUCCACUACCUUUCCCCACUAAACUCUGCUCAGUGAGCAGCAGACUCCACAAUAGCACUUACUUGCAAGAAAGGGCAGAAGCCUUGAGCAGCUGCCUGCAGGACACUGAAACAAAAAGGAAAAUGGAAAACAAACAGGUGUGGCAACAUAAAACAAACAUUUAAAGGAAGCCUGGACACUGGGAAUCCUGGGGAUGGAUUACAGGAAUGAACCCAGAAAUCUCAGCAAUAAAGAAAACCAGACAUAGCCUAGAAAACCAGAAAAACCAAGAAAAACUAAACAAGAAUUGUAAAAAGAGUACUGGAUACCAGAAGCCAAGGCCAGACAUCUCCACUGAACAGAGCAGGAUGUGACAAUAACUCACCAUCUACCCUGAAUUCAUUUUAUCUCUUAUUAUGUUAUAUUAUGUUUGCCACUAAUAUAUGAUUUCUCUUAAAGGUUUUCCCUUUCUUGAUUUACCUGUUGCUUGGGGCAUAUUGCCUAAACUCUCAAUAAUGUUCUUUACUUAUACCUAUAAUUCCGUUUAUAGGUUCUCCUUCUUCCUCCUAAACCUAUAAUCCCGUUUAGAGGUUUUUCUCAUACCUAUAAUUCAGUUUCUAGGUUCUCCUUCUUCCUCCUAAACCUAUAAUCCCAUUUAUAGGUUUUUCUAUCUAUUUCUUUCUAUCUUAUUAAAUACCUAUAAUUCCGUUUAUAGGUUCUGCUUCUAUCAACUUCUCUAUAACCUGUCCAGGGUUUAUUGUCCAAACCCUUUAUUCUAUAACCCUUAUUACUACUUACCUGUAAUUCCGUUUACCCCUUUUCUUUAUUUCCUUUAAACCUUUUCGCUCCCUGAGGUAGCUCCUCUUCAUACAACUAUAACUUGGAUUACCUGGUUAACUAAUUUGAACUGGCCUUGACUCUGCUUUUGGAAUUUCCUUCAAUACUGCUUGAUCUCCUAUUGAACAACCUUGGACUGGAUAAAGGACUUUGAUUAUGGACUAACCCUGGACACAUCACCUAAACUUCUAUUUUCAAGGACUGUCAGUUUAUCUCUCUGCUUUGCUGCCACAUCAGUUUGCCGUGCUAAAACUGCCUCAAAAUAAAAAGUGAGUGGUUCUUAAUUUUUUGUUUGGCAUUUGUUAAAGAAAAAACAUGACACUCUCACAACACGCACACUCUCACUAACACACACAUACUGUCACUUGCACAUUAUCACUAACACACACACACACACUGUCACUUGCACACUCUCACUAACACACAUACUCACUGUCACUUGCACACUCUCACUAACACACACACACUGUCACUUGCACACUCUCACCAACACACACUGUCACUUACACACUCUCACCAACACACUUGCACACUCUCACCAACACACUUGCACACUCACACCAACACUCACACUGUCACUUACACACUCUCACUAACACACACACACACACUGUCACUUGCACACUCUCACUAACACAAACACACUGUCACUUGCACAUUCUCACCAACACACACACUGUCACUUGCACACUCUCACCAACACACACACACACACACACACACACACACACUGUCACUAAAAUACAAGCACAGACCAAUUUACAACCAUUCACACAAUAAACAAUCCCCCUUAGCCCACCUGGGUGCUGUGAAGAGGAGAAGAGGUCCAGGCUGCAGGAUGACAUUCUUCCUUCUGCUUGGAAAGCAGGUGGAGCCAUGCACAGUAAGCAUCGGCUGCUUCCUGUUCCCAUCUGCUGUUCUGGCUUCCCCUGCCUGCAGGAAGCAGUGUGCUCUGCUCAGGUGCUGGGGUUACAGUAAACCCUUCUCCCUGUGCAGUCAAAUAGUGGAGAGGAGCCCACCCAGCAUUCCAGCCCCAGGCAACAACAGGGCAGCCCACCAGGAAACCUCCCGGUGGGCGCCCCCUGCAGGUCGGCGCCCCAGUUGAAUGCCUUAUUCGCCUUAUGGUAGCGCCGGCGCUGGUUGCAAAGUCAUAAACAGCAAACAUAAUUUAUUAUUUUUAGGUUUCAGACAAUCAACAUUAAAAUCUAAAAAAAAACAACCAUUUAUUUUUUUGGUUUUGAGCUACGGUUUCACUAAGGAGUUGGGUUAUGUUGGAAAGGGAAUGCACUGGAGAGCUAGGUGCAGGCCCGGACUGGCCAUCGGAAAUACUGGGCAAAUGCCCGGUGGGCCGCGAUGACCAGGGGCAGAGGCCAGCAGGGCCGACACUAUCAGCACUGUAACACUGCCACUGGCUUGGGAGGGAGGGAGAGGAGGACCCCGUAGACAUCUACCCUGCACCUCCGCCGGCUUCCUCUCGCGAGGUCAGAGCAUUGCCGCGGUUAACUAACAUGCUCACUUUGAGAGGGGGCGUGCUUGUCAUUAGUGAUAGAAAAAAGAAUACAAGGGGGGUGCACAUAGAGCAAUAAGAAAGUAUAUUAUACUUAAUAUAAGUAGGACACCUCCUGUUAGACCUAUAAUAGAAAAACACAUAUAUAGUGUAACACUGUUAUAUACAAGACAUCAAUUGGUCACAGGUCACUCACAGUAUGUAGAGCCACAUAAAGCUGGCUCUAGCUUAGGUGGCAGGUGAAUAAUAAGCUUAUUCUGGCUUUCAAUUUUCAGCUUUCCAAGUAGCUCUGCUGCUUUUCUCCACCCUUUAAUAACUUCCAGUAGUGAUGACAAAACACACCCUCUCUGGCCAUGCCCCUUUGUCAGGGGGGCGCUGUCAUUGGAAAAUGCCCGGGCCGACAAUGGUCGGUUUACCGAACGGGAUCGCAAUUUUACCAGAAAGGAAAUCAAAUGUUUAAGGGGAGCUAUAGUUUUAUAAAGGGAUAUACUUUAUGGACUUGUCAACAUAAAUAACAAUGCCUCAUUCUCGUUUUGCUCUGUCAUUACUAAGGCAUAAAUACACAUUUAUUGUAAUGGCAAAGUCAUAUAUUUUUGUUAUUAAUCAUGAUUCCUAGAGUACAAUUAUUUUUGGUUUGUAAUGGGAACACCAGGCUUCUAGUGCAUCCGGUUUAGGGAGCAAGCUGCAAAUGUUGCAGUGCACAAAGGAGAGGCUUUUUUUUUUUAGCAGUGAGAAUAGGACUGGGAUAAGCUGUAGGACCAGAGUCAAACUCCACAUCAUUUGCAAGGGCAAGUAACAUACGAAAUAGGAAUUUUGACAUAAUUUUUCUUUAGCAGUAUAGUGAUUGGGAGAUUUUAUAACUUUGUGGGGGGGGGGGUAGGAGGGCUGUUUUUUAACCUACCUUUUAACACAUACGUACUAGCUACCCUGAAGACAGGGACCUAAACAUAAACGUUGCUGUGAACGAGGGAGGUAGGGAAAACAGGAGGUCAAAAUAAAUAAAUAAAUAACCUAACUCCGGACAGCAGGUAACGAGUAGACUUUAUUUUCCCCUGGAAGAGCCAGCACUUGGCGAAACGCGCGUCAGGAUUUCUGUUUAGCAGUGGUUAGGCAUAUUAUUAGGGAUAAUGCUGCAGCUACUUCGUCUAAUUAGGACCAGCCACCACGCUUAGAUUUAUAUUUAUAUUUUGAUUCAUCAUUAUUUACUUCUUUUAUUAUUUUUUGUUGCUGGAGGGUACAUGGGAUUAUGGAUUUUCUCUGCUGAUUGUUAUCUACAGAGUGGGAGCUUGGGAGACUGUUGGAGCAUUAGCUCCUGUUAGGAGAUGUUUUAAGUGGUGCCCUCAAAGAUUUUGACCUCCUGUUUUCCCUACCUCUCUCUUUCACAGCAACUUUAAUGUUUAGGUCCCUGUCUUCAGGGUAGCUAGUACGUACUUUGGAUCAGCUAUCAUUGGAUUUUAACUUUUUUGCUUUAUUUUUUGGGUUGCUCCUCUCCUUUUAGAGGGUAGAUUCAUGUGGACUUGAUUGCCUUAACCUCUGAUCCUCCCUCCGGUUAUUUUUCCAUUUUCCUGUUUUAUAGGGGUUACUCCCACCUCCCCCCAUAAUUAUGAGCAACCUAACAUACUCUCCCUGCUCUCAUUACUCAAGUAAGGGAGCAGUUCAGCAGAUAGCAACCUGAGCCAUGUAUACUUUAAACAGCUCCUUAAUUUUCAUAUGGAUACCAAUCUAACAAAUUUAAAAGUAUGAACUAAUAAAUGGCUCUCACAUUGAAGAAUUUAGUUCAUGGCGCAAUUAGUUCUUCCAUUGCACCAUUUUGAGAUUAUAUUAUUUGGACAAAUGAGACAACUUUCACCUGAAUUACGAUUAUUUUGAAAAAUAGUCUAAUACAAUUUGCCAGAGAUCCCAACUGUGAAAUUCUUCCACAUCUCAUUUGAAAGCAAGAUGAAAUUUUGUCUUUUUCCUGAAAAUUGAAUACUAAAAAUAACUUCCAUUUGCAGCAAACCUAAUUUUUGAUUGAUGAAGAAUAGUAAUUUUCCCUGCUUGCACGAAACCAUACAAUUAUAAAUAUGCAAAAGUAAAGACUUAGCUACUUAGAUGAUGAUAUAGUGUAAUGUAGUUGAAAGGAAUCAAUGUAGCUCUCUAGACUAUUGCUCACAAUGUGAGAUCCAUUUUAUUGUGAUCCAUGAGACCUCACACAAAUGUUACUUGUGACCAAAUGAAUACAUACGAACCUAACCAAUUAUUAAAAUGUUUAUCAUGCAUUGAAUUGAACUUAGUGGAAGUGCCAUAAGUGAGAUUACAAAGUUGAUUUCUAACUCUUAAUUAAUGUGUUAGUCAAUGUUCAAACAGGGUUCAUCAACAUUAGUUAUUGAAUGCUAAUUUUAGUAGCCAAAGAGUCUCAAUAUUAAACAAUUUGUUAUAUUGGAAAUCAAAACAAGUAUUCAAUGAUUAAUCAAUGCCUAAUGUUCCCCUCAAUCAUGAAAGAAAUCAUCAGUUACAAUUAGAGAAUCGGAAUAGUGACUAUUAUUUUUUUGUUUUUAUUUGUUUAUGUUGUUAUUUGUUUUUGGGAGCCUAUCCAAUGAACUGAUCAAGUCCAUUAGUGAGUUUGUGGUUUAUUCCCUGUGCUUUCAUUUCUUCUAAACUCAAAAUAAUUCCUAGAAAAUAGAACAUUUUUGCAUUCAAUAUCCCUCCAAUACAAUUAAUAAUUGUAAAAUUUUAGACUAACAUAAACUUAUAUGCUUCCCUUCCCCCAUAAAACCAUACCUUAUUUACAGAUGUGAUGAGCAUUAAUAUAAAACUGAAGUUACAUUGCCAACACGUUUACAAAUGUAAAAAUAAUAAGUGAUGCCGCUGUGUUUUUUCCUUCAUGCAGUAGCAUUCUUCUAUUGUUUAAAGACACUGUCAUUUUUCUUUUGUCAGUUUUGUUUUGCUAUGUAAUUUCUAUUUUAAUGCUUAUACCCACUCCCUUCCGACUUGUCGUUAUUUAUAAUUAUUAAUUUUUCUUCCUUGUUUAGGAUCUCAAUAUCCAGUGCCAGCACUUUGUAUUAUUCUGUCCAGGAUGUCUGCAAUUUGUAUUUCUGUAGCAUUCUUUUGACGGAUGCAUUGUGGAUAAAUUAGCUCUUCAAGUGUUUUUUCUUUAGACCUUGUUACAUUUAUAUAUAUAUAUAUAACUUUUUUUUUCUCACCUCCCUCAAGCUAGACAUGUAUAUGUAUUAUAUAAAUCAAAAGUCUUGUUAAGGGUACUUUGGAUCGAGUGAGGUCUUUUGGAGCCAGGAGAAGGUAGUCUUUAUACUUCUGAUAUCCAUAUAUGUAGAGAAGGGUGACAACCGGUUAAGAAGCUAAUAGUGCAUUAAAGGAUAUGAUGUGAGUGUUUCUUAAAGGUAAAUGAUCUUUACCUUUAAGAAAAACUCACAUCAUAUGCUUUAAGUGGGGAUCAUACUGCUGUAUGCUAUACACACCAGAGCUGGCUUAAGCUCUACCAAAUGUGAGUGCAAUCCUAUUAUUUUAUUUUUAUAUCUAUACCUAGUGAGAUUUAACACACUUUUAGCUUCUUCCUUUUGUCACCCUUCUCUACAUAUAUAUAUCGAUAUCAGAGAAGUAUAAAGACUACCUUCUCCUGGCUUCAAAAUACCUCACUCAAUCCAAAGUAGCCUUAACAAGGCUUUUGAUAUAUAUAAAAAAAAAAAAAAAAAAAAAAAAAAAAAAAAAAAAAUAUAUAUAUAUAUAUAUAUAUAUAUAUAUAUAUAAAUAUAUAAUACGUACAUAUGUACAUACGGUACAUAAAUUUCAAAAAAUUAUAUGGAACCACAUCGACUUUGGAGUACAAUCUGGGUACUUAGAUCAGAAGACUGCCACCUAUUUACACGUACCUCAUCCUAAACAUCCAGUGCUGUACACACUUCCAAAGAUACACAAAGACUCUGUGAACCCACCGGGCAGACCCAUUGUGUCUGCAAAACAAGGCAUUAUCGAACCAAUUGCCCAAUAUGCAGAUUAUUACAUUAAAGACCUUGUGAAAGAACUCCCGACUUGCCUAAAAGAUACACCUGAAUUUCUGGAGCAAAUCCGACACAUCAAUCUAACAAAUGAUAGUGACAGUUUGCUAGUCACGCUUGAUGUACAGAGCCUACAUACAGUCAUACCCCAUAACUUGGCAUCCAAGCGGUUCGAGAGAUGCUAUGUGAUUCUGAUAUGUAUAAAGGUCCUCCAAUAGAAUACCUUAUGGAGUUCCUUUCCAUAGCCUUAACUUGCAAUUACUUUAAGUUUGAAGAACAAUUUUUUCUCCAGAUAGUGGGCAUAUGCAAAUUAUUUUAUGUUUUGGUUUGAGAACAAGUACAUUCUACCAAUAUAUAAGAACAAGAUUCUUAAGUAUCUCCGGUAUGUGGAUGAUGUCUUUCUAAUUUGGAAUGGCACAUCAGAAGAAUUAGAUGACAUGGUUAACCCCUUAAGGACACAUGACAUGUGUGACAUAUCAUGAUUCCCUUUUAUUCCAGAAGUUUGGUCCUUAAGGGGUUAAAGCAAUUAACUCGCUAUCUGUACCAAUCAAACUUACACCUUCUUGGCAUAAAUCGUCCAUACAGUUUCUGGAUGUACAAGUAUACAAAUAUGAGGACAUGAAAAAAUUAGGCUAUACCCUAUAUAGGAAACAGACUGAUCGGAACACGCUUUUUCUGGCAACCAGUUUCCAUCCCCAACAUCUCAAGGACGCCCUACCCAUACCACAAUUUUUUAGGGUACUUAAGUUUUUCUGCCUUAGAAGCUGUUCUCACCCUUCGGAAUAAUGCCAUUCCUGAAGUCUUUCAUAAACCUGCAACGUGUCCGGUGUGAUUUACUUCUAGAAAGCAUGAGCGCAAUCAAUUUGGAAAGGAGUAGAUAGGCAAAUAAUCAAACAGUUUGAUUUGAUCCAAAACAUUUGGCACCCCAGAUGGGACAGAUUGAGUUGAGUUACUACAAAAGCCGCCUUUGAGGACUGGAGAGGAGACCCCCAGAGACUGGAAAAAAGAGACUGAUCAACUCUGGAUAUAUGGUAAAUGAGUAAAUUACCUAUAUUUCCUGUCUUUGGGAUUGGCCUAAACUCCGUGUCUGCAACGGCUUACGUGGAAAACACCAAUGACAGGUAUAUAGUUUGCCCAAAUGUCCCCUUUUUAUUUGAAAAGAACCUGUCGAUUGUCUAUCUACAUUCUGAGUGUGAUUUUUAUGUGUGAAAGUGUCUGCUUGAGAAUCCGUUUUACUACUUGCUUUACACUGUUAUAUAAUACUGCUAAGUUUUGGUAAAGAAACUACAGUUUUUUUGGCAUGCUCGGUAAAGAGCUUAAAGUGUUUUUUGUUGUUUUAGCUAAGUUUGGUAAAAAACUAGCGUAUUUUAUUUUAGCUAAGCUCGGUAAAGAGUUUUUCAAGCGUUUUUGGUUGCUCGGUGAAGAGCAAGAAAAAGUUUAUUGCAUGCUUGGUAAAGAGUUAAAAAGUUAUUGUAUAUGUGAUUGAGUGUGUGUGUGUGACCUGGGUUUAUUGUUAGCCAGCAUUUAUUUUAAGGAAUUUGUGAUCUAAUUACUUCUGUAUAUUGUGCCUUCACCUGUAUAUGUUUCUUUGUCAAUCUUUGUCAACAAUAUAUGUUAAGUGUAACACAUAAGUCUACGUCUUGUCACUCUCCUCUUCUAUCUUUUGUCCUUAGGAGACCUGUGCUUAGGCAAUCACAUGGUUAAAAACUUUGUGCUUGCAACUCUGCUUGUUCCCUCCCUCCCCUCCUUACUCUGGCUCUCUUGUGAUUGUUCAGUUGGAAUUCCUUUGUUUGUGACGUGAUUGCAAGAGUGUGUAGCUUGAUGUAUCCUUGAUUUAUGUUUGUGUACAUUUUUUUUUUUUUGUGAUUUCUUAUACCGAUUUUAUAAGUCUAUGUCUGUCUUGUUACUUUCCUCUAUUCUAAUUAGAGAAGGGUAAAUGUGAUGUAACUCCUUGGGUUUUUGUUUGCAAUGAAUGUAGAGUUAUUUUCUGUUAUUUUGUAUUCUUUACGUUUCUCUACAGCACUCACAUAGUUAACCUCUCUGGCUGCAAAUGCUGACAGCCAUUACUUGUGCCCUCUACACUCCCCCCUCUCUCUCUCUCUUUUGGGCCCCACCCUUGUGUUUUGGUUAAAAAGGGGGGUGAAUGGGUGAUCUAUUUCUGAAACUAAGUGAGGAAUGUGAGGGGGGUCUUCCAGCAGAUGGCUAAUUACUAAAAGUUGCAAAGAAGAUUUUUGCUGGACAAUAAUCUUAGAACUUACUUGUGUAAAGUGUUUGUAUUAUCCUGUGUUUGGCUCUUACCUAUUAUAAAGUGCCUUUCUGUACUGAUUAUCUUUUAGAGCUACUGUUUAUGUGAUGUUUUAUCUAAUCUGUAUUAUGUAUGUGGAAUGUCUGAAAUUGGUGUGUAGCACAAGAAUAGAGAUCUAUGUUAGUUUGUUGUUUUACUAAAUUGUUAGUCUGUACUGGGUUUUUCAUUGUUUUUAUGUAUGUUAUAGGAAAGUACUAGGUUAAUUAAAAUAAAUUUACAUUAAGGUUGCAAGUGUCUCAGAAUGAAAUACACUAAUGUAGCAGUUGUUAGGAACAUGCAAUGUAUGUUAUAUUGGGUGUCCGCGAUUACACAGUAACUCCAAUCCUUUUUACGGAAGGAAAAACUUGUUACUUCUGGGGCUGAAUUAAAAUCUUUGAUUUAAUUCACGAGAAUGAGAUUUUAAUGACCAAUAAUGGAUUACUGUAUAUUGCAACGCCUGGACAUACACAUGUUUUGGAUAUACAGAAGACAAAAGGAAUAAUAUAUGAGAAUGGAUACGGCAGAUUUGCCACUAUCCACAGUCACGCCUACUCCUAACGUAACAUCACUUCCACCCUUACUAUGCCCUUCUACUGAAGAAUUGCCCGAAUCCUAAUGACCCAUUCCACUACAUGGCGUGACUUGUUUAAGACUAAGAUAAAUUGGCUGAUCGGGCUACCUGUAUUAACAAUGUCAUCCACGGUGAGUUCGCAUCUGUGGAGAAGUAUCACUUCAGGUUGUCCCACAUUUUUCUCUGAUUUAGGUUUUAGUACAUAAUAAGGCCCAGACUCAACGGCUAUAUGAGGCCUUGUAUAGCAGGCCACAUGGAAUCUAUUUGUAGCGAGCAAGGCCUGCCUGACUCCUCAUUCCUGUCUAAUAUUAUUGUCUCCUGUAUAGGUGUAGAUGGCUCUCCUUGGAGUAGCCAGCUAACUAAGCCUUGCUUUGUGGUUACCUCUACCAGUCCAAUUAUCUUUGCUAGGUGCAGAUGUCCUUCGCCCGCUUGCAGGCCUCUAUCACCUUUAUGCCUGAUAACCAGAUUCAUAUGUCUGCACCACUCUCUGCUGCUGAUAAAACAGCCCUCUGCUCAUUAUUUCUUCUGCUCCACACAGAGAAACCUGACCAGGAUGCAAGGGUCCUAGCUAGUUCCCCCAAUACCUUUACCUGAAUUAUACAGGCCCCGUAGAUUUUGUACACCUCCAAUGUUUCCCCCCCCGCCCCAGUUCUAGUGAAGUUGCUCCCAGGGGCCAGCCUGUCCCUUAAGCCACAGUACACCCCCCCCCCCGAAGCCUGUCCAAGCUCUUGCUAUUCCCUAACAGGUUAAGGCUCUGGUGUCAAAUGGUGCCCUGGUUCCCUGAGACUCUCCCUGCAAUAUCCCACUUCUCCCUAUAAAGACUAAUUCUGUGAAGGAUACUGUCACCUUGCGGGGAUGAUACACUCUUACCUGGCCACUCUUCUGGGGGGGGGGGAAUGAUAAGGUCUUGACUUAGACCUAGAUACUGACUAUUAUUUUCAGCCUUUUCCUCAUUGCAUAUUGUGGUUCAGAAAUAUACCAGAAUCUGAAGCUUAUUAUGAAGAAGACCUGUUCUAGUUGGUGGAGAUGCAACACACCAUAACAGAUCUGUUCCGGAUUUGCUGUCACUACAGUGGACCAAGUAUCUCACCUCAACAAUGUCUGCACAAGAAGCUGAUCACCACAGCAUGCAAGAUAUCUGAAGGAAGACACGCCAAUAUCAACACUGCCACAAGGCAUGCACUAGGCAUGGCACAUGCCUUCGGAUCAAUCUGGAAGAUAAGAUUUCUCACAGCAACUGGCACGCCGGUUAAGCAUAACACGGCUAUAAGGAGCUGAUGGAUGCCCUACACCUUCCUAAAAAAAUGGCCACACUGAAGAUAAAGGCUCAUGGAAGACUGAACUCAGAGGAGACAUGUGGUAACUAUCUGGCUGACCAAGUUGUCCAAUAAGUUGUAAGUGCACUAAGGGAAGUGGACAGAAGAGUGUCCACCGAAGAAACUCCCAUAUUCACCAUGUAAGAUCCUACCCACAGACCUCAAGCUCCUGAAGGAAUAACAAGCAGCUACUGACCCUGAAGAAACACAAGCUGGAAACAGAAAGUGGCAACCCUUAAAGAUGGGCUGUACCCCAACAAUUUCAAGUUCUGCUUACCCAAGAGCAUAUACUCAGAGUGGUCCAGUGGGCCAACAAAGCAUCAUACCUGUCCAAGACCCUCAUGAACUCUUUGAUCAACAAAUACUUUGAAGCACCAGGAAUUACCUUUCUGACCAACAGUUACUGUAGAUCCUGUGCCAUUUGUGCCAAGGGCAACUCAGGCAGAAUGGAGAAAAGCCCCAAGCAUCUAGCCAAACCUAACUAUUCCUUCCAGAGGAUUCAAGUUGACUACAUCCAGAUGCCAAAGAGUGGCUGGUAUUGGCCAGAAGCCUACCCAGCCACAAAAGUGAUAACCAAGACCACAUGCCGAGUAGUGCACCGUGAAAGUUGCAGAGAUCACCCCGUGGAUUCAUCAUUCCAGAAUCAAGCCUGCCUCUGCUUCAUGGGAAGUAGCAUUUGUUGAUCUUGACAACCUUUUUUUGAAACUCCAUUCUUAGAGAGCAAAGAUACUUGUUGAAGAAAAUAUCAACAACAAGUGGGUGUUUUGAUGGCCAUAAUAAUGUCUGACCACCUGCCAUUGAUGGAAAGCUAAGUACCCCAAAAGGGGACCUCAUGAAACUAAAGAGAAUCAGCCGUACUCCUUACCCUGCAGCCCUCACGUCCGGAAGCUGAGUUGCCUACGCACGGUCGAAGCUUCUUCAGGAUCAUCUGCUUAUCUUGAGUUUGUGGUGAUAUUAAUAUUGAAUUUUUAAAUGAUCUGAGUGUGCCAGUACUAAGGUAGCAUGAGACAGGAUUUAUAUGAUUAAGAAUAAGUAAAUGUGCCCUAGCCAAGGUCCAUACACAUAAUACAUGACAAUCACCAAGGUACUCUUGACACACCACAUUCAUGCUUCAGGAUAAAAAAGAAGCACCCCUAUAAAGGGCGGUUUUACCCACACAUAUAUAUAUUAAUGCCAUAGGGGUGUCAAGGAGGUACCAAAUUAUUUUAAGGUAAGAAACUAAGUUUGAAUCUAUUCUCCCAAGCAUUACAGCUAAUGAAAUCUGAAUUGAAAGGGAGGAGGUUCAUACAAUAAACAGGGGACCUUUUACUUACGGGACAUGUAUGACUCACCUGAAUGGGUAGGUGCCAUGCACAUGGCUGUUAAUCCCCUCAAACCACACAUUAAGACUUUAAAAGACAUGGUAGUCAUCCCAUAUUUGAAGAUACUGUGGCUGUAGAGACAGAUUUCUCUGACACUAACUUGUGGCUUGAAUGGAUGAAAUACAAUACGAAUAAACAUAACAAGUCUAACUGCUAUGUCUGCGAAGGAGCGAGGUCUCACCCAGAUACAGUACCUCUGAACCUUCCUCCGGAUAUAGAGGUAUGCUUUUUAAGUCUCUACACUAUAUUUAAAACUAAUCGGUCAGCAUGCGAGUCAUGGAAAAAGAAUACCCAAUCAUUACUAAAAAUAUUAACCCAGACGAAGGCAUUACUAUAUAUCCAGGGAACUAUACUUGUUAUGGGAUAUAUGGUGGGAUAGGGCGGUUACAAGCUACCUCCAAAAUGACUUUCCAGAAUCAGAUGGUCUUAGAGAUGAUUUUGGCAGAAAAAGGGAGAGUAUGUAAAAUACUCCCAGACACCAUGACAUGUUGCACCUAUAUUCCGGAUAAUACAGGCCCUAAUAAUAAGGUAACUUUGGCCAUAGAAAAAUUAAAGAGUUUGUCCGAGGAGCUGAGACAAAAUUCUGGGGCCACAGAUCCAUGGGAAAGAUGGUUUGGAUAAAUGAAUGAUUGGUAGAAAGUUCUGACCCAGAUAGGUGUGGCUGUCUUGAUAAUGUUGAUUAUUCUUUCUCCUAUUGUCUGUUGUGUGUUACCAGGUCUUAAAAAAUGCCUACAAAAGACAGUUUAUCAGACAAUCGACCAAACUACCCCGACAUUCCUUCACCAAGAGAUUGACGACAUAGACCGUGAUACACCACAUACACCCUUACAGUCUCACCGCACUAAAGCAACAACUAUUUCCUCUUAGGGACACUCAGGGAUAGUGUCUGUCUCUAUGGGCAGAAGUCUGUCGCGGAGAAGUAGUGGUCACCCGCGCAGUGAAGCGUUCGAGGCCUGUUCACACAGAUGUGCAAGAUAGCCUUUGUUAUUUUUCUAUAGGGACAGUAUUAGUAGUUGUUAGUAAAAUAGCUAUUAAGGGGGGACUGUUAUGGACAAAAUACUUGAAUGGAUAAAUUGUCUAUUUUUGUGUACAUGUGUUGCUAUACAGUAAAAAGCUUCCCUUCCCCCUCUGUGUGUUUGUAACUAUUUCCUCUGUAAACCCCUCUCAUCCCCUCCUUCCUAUUGAGCAAAGCCUCAUGUAACAAAAAUGGAGAUUCGAUAUGUUAAAGUAACUGUUUCCCCUUCAGCCCCUCCCCCUUUUUUGUUCAGUAACAACUCACUCUCCCUCCCGUCAUCUAACCAAGAUGGAGCUGGAAUGGGGGUGGAAUAGUUUCAUGAUGAUGACAUUACAUCUUGUAGGGUGGGUUUAGACAAGACCUCCUAACUUUUAACCAACUUUUAACCAAUUGCUGAAAGUAUACUUUGUGUAAUCUGUGACCAUGUACAUGAUGUUUUUCUGCCUUAAAAGGAGGUCUCACACCUUGGAAUAAAGCCAUUCCUGAAGUCUUUCAUAAACCUGCAACGUGUCCGGUGUGAUUUACUUCUAGAAAGCAUGCGCGCAAUCAAUUUGGAAAGGAGUAGAUAGACAAAUAAUCAAACAGUUUCAUUUGAUCCAAAACACCAGUAGCCAAACACUUUUUGGCAGCACAGCACCACCUGCCAACAUUAGGUUUUAAAGCUAUUGACCAUGUCUCUCAUCUUACUGUGGAGGUGACAGGUCCAAAGCUCUUCUACAGCUAGAUGCAGGUUGGAUUUACAAGUUGGACAGUGUGGCCCCUAAAGGGCUCAAUGAAAAUAUAGUUUACCCAAUUUUCUUAUAAUGUACAGUGUAUCAGUAUUUUUGCAUAUAUAGUUCUGCAUAUUUUUCACAUAUUUUGUGCAUGGUCUUUUCUGUGACGAUAGUCUUUCAGGUCUAGUAUAAUGGAUUUAUUGUACAUAUACACACUUAAUUUAUGUGACUAAAUAUCAUAGAUACUGUCAGUAAUAUAUAGAGUAGGGAUAUUCCCCUGAGGUCCUAUAAUAUUUGAUAGAUCAUUAAGUCAGGCUUCAGCUUUUUGGUUAGUAUCAUAUUAUAUUUUAUUAGAUCACACUGGCUAAUUUUUUGUUUUGUUUUUUCAUGUAUUUUUUUUUAUUUUGUCUUUUUUUUUCAUUUUGUUUAUUGAGAAAAUAUUUCUCAUGACUGGUAUUAGUUCUUUACGAAUAUAGAAGUGUAUUGUGAAUAUUAGGAUUUCCACAAUACACUUCUAUAUUGCCACUUUGUUUUAUGUACUGUGAUCUUGAAAAAGACCCUGAGGGGUCGAAAUGUCAUUUUUAUUUUUUUUUGCACAGAUGUAUUUAAUUUUUUUUCAUGCCAUUAAACCACCUACCACUUAUUACAAGACCUGAUAGUGCACCACUUACUUUAUUUAUUUAUAUUAUACGUAUAUAUCUACACUCUACUCAUUUACUGUGGCGCAGCCCUAGUUUACCUUUGUGCUACCCAUCUUGUGAUUAUCUUCAACGUUUUGUGAGGGACCUCUUGCACAGGUUUGCUGCCUUACCGAUAUUGUCCUGUUUGACCCCUAUUGUUGUUUCCAUAUAAUUUUGUUAGCCUGCUGCUUUGACAUGGCCCUGAAAUCCAACAAAAUGUGUGGGACCUGAGGUGAUGUGGGCUUCCAUUAAUAAUACAGUCUUUAUUAUUAUUAUUAAUUAUACAUAUGUUAGUAAAUACCAGCACUACUGAGAUGACCAUUGUCUUCCAACCUAUUCACUUCAAUCUUUUUGGAGGCUGUCAAAGUAAUGCCAACCUUUACUUCAGCAUGGUCUUUGCAUUGGCUAGCAGCUGAUGUAGAUGUGGUUGUGUUUGUUCUUUGGAGGUUGUGGCAUGACUAGCCUCAACAAUAGGAGUUGGUUGACUAAUACUUAUGGGAUGAGAAAUGGUGUUAAUGAUAAUAAUCUCACAGGGUGAGCUAUAUUUGAAUCUGGCAGGAGAUGAAGAUCCAAUGUUUUCCAUUAAAUUAGGCAAUUCAACUGCAGAUAAAGACGGGCUUAGACAAAUUAAUGAGUGGACAGUAGCUGCAGAAAAUUGUGGAUUGUUCCCACCCUCUGCUCUCUGGACCACCCUGUUCUAAUUCCACCAAAUUACAGUUAACUUCCUCCUGGGACAGAGUUAAACAAAUGUCUGGAGUGCCUUGGGAAAAUAGCAAUAUCAUCAUCACUAGAUUCCUCACCACCACCUACCAGACAUUGCAGACACUACUUGACACUACUUGAGUACUUUGUUUUACCUACUCAGUGGAAAUCUCUGUUAAGCUUUCCCUUAACUGCUUUUUGGAGGGGCUAUAAGAAAUAGGAGGUACAGUGAGGGAAAAAAGUAUUUGAUCCUCUGGUUAAUUUUGAACUUUUGUCCACUAACAAAGAAAUGAUCAGUCUAUAAUUUUAAUGGUAGUGUAUUUUAACAGUGAGAGACAGAAUAACAAAAAGAUAAUCCGGAAAAACGCAUGUCAAAAAAGUUAUAAAUUGAUUUGCAUGUCAAUGAGUGAUAUAAGUAUUUGAUCCCCUAUCAAUCAGCAAGAUUUCUGGCUCCCAGGUGUCUUUUAUACUUGUAACGAUCUGAGAUUAGGAACACUCUCUUAAAGGGAGUGCUCUUAAUUUCGGCUCAUUACCAGUAUAAAAGACACCUGUCCACAGAAGCAAUCAAUCAGAUUACAAACUCUCCACUAUUUCACUACAGUGGUUUCUCCCUGCCUGAGCGAAUCUUGCAGUGCCUGUUAAUUCCGCAGAUGCAGCUGGUAUAAGCUGGCAAACCCUGUUUUUCCCUCCAUACUGAAGGACUCACUAACGCUGCAGACUGGAUGUGUAGCAAAGUUUUUUGUUUUUUUCCUCAUGGUAGAAGAAGUGAGUAGGUGGUCAAUUGCCCCAUUUGUUUCCAUUCAUUUUUGUAAAAAAUAUAUUUUUUCAACUUAAAAUUACUCCUGUUAUCCAAUUUUUCCUAAUACAAGGUGGCAAAGUAAACAAAUUACAAUCAAUCAUUAUAAAACUAAGUUCUCUUACUUCCUGUGGUUUUUUUUUUAUUUUUUUUAUUACACAUGUAUAUAAUAAUUUAUUUUUGUAAACUCAGAAUUGGCAUUGAAAAAAUAUUAGGUCAGUCUAUCAGAUGCCUUGUUAAAGUUUUAAUACCUUAUUAAAGGAAAACUCCAGUGCAAGGAAAACAAUCAGUUUUCCUGGCACUGCAGGUACCUUCUCCCUCCCACCUCCCAUCCCAGGUAGCUCCUCCCAGUGAUCACGUCAGCCGGUGGAUGAAACUGAUCCCGCCCGCCGGCUGAGGAAAUCUAAUGCGCAUGCACGGCAAUGCCGCGCACGUGCAUUAGGUCUCCCCAUAGGAAAGCAUUGAAAAAGAUUUUCAAUGCUUUCCUAUAGGGAAUUGAGCGACGCUGGAGGUCCUCACACAGCGUGAGGAC